GACGCAUUGCGGUUCCCUCCCCGGUGCGUACACUGUUCAAGAGAGGCGACGGCAGCGCGCGCGUGUUCCCCCCCUUUUUUAAUCAGUGUUUGCGUGUGCACGCGCGCGGCAAUGUCUCACCUAGCAGCAGCGGCGGCAGCGGCAGAGGUGGUGAGUCUGCAUGUGGGCUCGAGCCAGCGGAGGAGCUGAAGCAUCCGGGCCGGACUGCGCAGAGAUGCGGCGCACGUAGACGCGACAUGUGGACGGCACCGCCUCACCUCCACGCUAAUAUCAUGGUUGAAACACCGUUAAGAUAAUUUUUUAUAUGUUUGUUUGAAAUGGCGGCGCUGAAGUCGAGGUGAGCAGCAGCUCCGUUGCUCGGUCAGCUCGCCUGCCUGAGGAGACUGUGCGCACUUUUCUGUCGUUCUUUGGAAAGGACAAGCUGCGUUGACAGAUAUUUUUGUUGCUUUUUUUCAUCGACUACUGACUACGGAAUCAUGACGACGGGGCAGGAUGAAAGCUCAGUCCGUGUGGCGCUGAGGUAAGUCCCUGAAAUGUCUUUUUAAUUUUGCAAAUGCGUAGUUCGUGUCUUAAUUGCCCGGUGCCACCUGUCAGCCUGCGCCGCGGGCCCAGCAAACACCUGCAGGUCAACACCAGCAUCUGCUGAUUCAUGUACACUCUCUACAAACUAUCAACCUCGUUUCAUUUUGAGCCCGGUGACCCAGUUCCAGCCUCUGGUUCCCACUUCCUACCGGCUUUUGACGCCAGAUUCGUGGACUGUGUGUGGUUGACACCCUCCCUGGGAUUUGCACUUUGACAGAGUGUGAUGCUUUGCUAUUUCUGUCUCUGCACAGCACCAGUAAAGCAUCACACCCAUUUCGCAGGUACAUGCAUGGGUUGUCUUCAGCAGCACACCCUGGCUGUGCAUGAGGAGGGAUGAUAUCAUCUUUUGAAGCAGAGAAAGGGGGGUGCUGCAGGAACAAUCAGCUCGUGUAUCUAAGAAAGCCUCUCCUCUUUCAAAGCCUCCUGCAGAGAGACAGAUAAUCAAUGGAAGAGGAGCUUCACUGACAGCCAGGUUUUAAGUGAAAGGACAGCAGAGCGUUCAGUGCAGCUCUAACACUGACAGGUCUGCUCUUUGUUUGCAGACAUCCAGCCACAGCUCGAGUGUUUCAUCCUGUUUGAGACAGAAUCACACUUCCAUCUCCAAAGUGCGCACAUUGGAGGUGCCAUUGUGCUAAAAGUAGGCCGCUCCCACCCAGCUGGUGAGGUGGCACAGUGACAGUGGCAUAAUGGGAGACAGACCAGCCUCUCUCUCUGUACCUCUCAUUCAGAGACCCUCCUAUGGUUAUGAAAUCAUAGAUAAUGGCUGCAUUUUCGCAUAGAUGUGGACCGUUCAACUGUCUUCUCCAUGUUUGUGCCUAACACUGACCCCUGUGCACCUGAUCACAGAAGUGCAUUAUCAUUGUGUGUGUGGAGUGUUUUGAUCCAGUGAUUCAUGCAGCUGGAGAUGUGUCCUUUUUGUGUUUUUGGCACAAAAAGACAUAUUUUAUUAAAUCCAAUAAAACAGGAAAGGAAAUAAUCUAAUAUUCAAGAUUUGCAAGAUCAGGAAUGCAAAUUUAUACUCUAGCAGUCCAAGUGCGUGUGUUUUUCAUAAUGCACCUUAAUUGCAGCUGGAUAUAGAGGAUAAUUGCACAUCUUGCUUUUCCAGAAGCCUGUAGGCACUGUAUUUUGCAUUUUUGCCAAGUAAAGCAGGCAAUACAGCAAAUUUUUCGUAGUUUUCUUUAAGCCAAAAAACUGUUUAGUGACACAGAUUAGCUAUUAAUGAGAUAAUUGUCUCGUGGGCUUUUGUUACUCUUAGAUAUAAUGCUCUUUAAAGUAGUCCUGAUGAUAUAGAUCCUGGGUUUAUCCAGCUGACUCAAAUUUUGAGUUACCGCACCAAUAUGGAAAAAUGUCUUGUGCAGUCUAAACAAGUCCAGUCUAAAAUAAUUGUAAUCUAGCUGUUUAACUUUGGACACCAUUCAUCCUGUAAGCGGAGGGUGUUUUGCGCUCUGGUCCAGGAACUAAAAUAACAGAUCCCUGAUUUAAGCAUGCUAAAGUUCAUGUGUCAAACCAGUUAAUUUCCUGGAACACACCCAAAGAGCACAGUAAAUCAGUCUCAGUAAAACCUUUUUGGACUAUUUUUAGUGUUAAACUCACUAAUGAUCUUUAAUUUUGGGUUUAUGGGAUAUAAUAAUGGUACCUGUUAAAGCAGGACUGUAAUUAGUACAAUGGCUUUCACACUCUGCUCUUCCUCCCUCUGUGACAGUAAGCUCCUCUGACAUGUUGUAACUGCUACCAACUGGCAAAAUAGUUUGUCAAGAAGACUGUUGUUGACAAGUCUCACCGUGGUGCACGUGUUUGAACUCUUCAAAUGGGGCGUGACUGUUCAUUCUGUCAGCUGCCUCGAAUCCAAAUAAACACGAGUAUAGCUCUGGAUUAUGCUGCUAAUAUUCUCUGCAGGAAUAUCUGUCAGCACUUUUCUGAGUUGUUAUAAUUAAAAAAACGUUUUUGUUAUUCUUCAUGUGGUUGAAGAUCUUUGGAAACCUGAGUCUACUACACUCUGUAAGUUUGGGUGCAUAAUGAUCGGCAUGACGACAAAGUUUGAAUCUGAAUCUGUGAUAUAGUCAUUUCAGUUCUUGUAAACUUUUGUUUGAUUUUCCUGAAGUAAUCCCAAGAAGAAGUCACCUGAUCUUCCUUGGGCCGGGUGUUAAUGGCUGCUUCAGUUAAAUGUUGACUAUGGCUGUUUAUCUAUGGACUUAAAUGAGGUCUGUUUACAUCAGUGGAUAAGUAGAUGGAUUGGUUUUACAGGGCUGAUAUCGAUCUUGAUGAUAAGACAUUAGUGAGACCAAUAAAAGGAACGAAUCUGAGUGGACUGUAAAAAUGAAAAACCGGUUGAUUUUAUUAGCAUUUCAAUUAACCCUGAAUCGUGAAGCAUUAACCUUGCUGUCUUUGCCUGUGUGUACCAACAGUUAGGAAACCAAGCAGCAAUCUCCUGUGCUGAAAAAGUGGCAAAUCUAACUGUAAAAACUUGGAGUUCCUCUAGUGUCCACUUUGGGCACUUUCAGGCUCCAAAUAUCCAAGGAAGCUCCAGUAGAGACCACACCAAAAUGCUUAUUUGUAGAGCAAAUUCGGACAUGUUAGCAGCCCAGAACAAAAGAUGGUUGUAGUUUCUGUGUGUGAGGUCUUUAUUCUCGGAAACUGAGUUAAAUUUUUCAUAAAGGUUUAAUUAUAUUUGUGGUAAUAUCUUUAUUUGCUCAUGUUAAAGAUGCAGAAUAUCCUUAGAGCUUUCUCUCCCAACUCCAUUUGGACAAAUUUCACAAUUUCCCACAGAGGAAAGUUUGUGAAUGACAUCCUUCCAUGUUUAAGUACAUGAUAUUUGGCACACUGGUGAUUAUGAAUAAGCUAGAGUUUGUGAUAGAUUUCAGUGCACCAUGAUGCACACUGUCCAGGCUGUUAUAGAGACCAUGUCCAUGCUUUUGCUGGUCUCUGUAAAAAGAUGUACGGAGGCUUUUUGUUGUCGCUUGUUAUUCAGUGAUGGUUUAAAAUGAACAGUUAUCAGAUGGCAGGGCUUUCUCUCUCCUCCGCCUUGCUCUCAGAUGACUCAAACAGGCUGUCUUUGGCUGGAGCGCUGAGUGUCACAUGCUGUGUUUUUGGUUUGCAGAGCCGGCCUCAUGCCAGUCGAAAUCUGCCUGGCCACACCCCCCUGCACACUUGUUUAUAACUAACAUUUAUUUGCGCUCAAAUUUGCUCAGGUUCCUGUGUUAUGCAAGACUCUUUACCAUUUCAAUGCACACUUGAAGAGUGUGUAAGCCACAAUGCCUGAUCCCAGAUUGCAUACUACCUGGAACUGGGUUUUUCUGAAAGACUAAGACUUGUUUAAUCGGUUUAGGACCCCAGCUUUUCUCAACAGAGGCCGUCCUGUUCUUACAAAUACCUGCAAAGGAAAGCACGGCUCAAACAUUUCUACAUAUGUUUGCAUCCAUAGUAAGUAUUUACACAUGCACAGAAAGGGCGGGCUUUGAGAAAGGCUCACACAGCCCUGCCUAUAGUUUAUAUACUGUACCGGCUUAUUUGCAGAGUGCAAGAUGUCACAAAAGUUUGCCUUAAGUGGUCGGUGUACUUUGAGGGGAAGGGCUCAGGUGGAGCUGGGGACUUGUUGAACCUGCCUGCUAGGGGAGAUUACUUCACUACAGCAAACAUAACGUAGCUAUCAUUUAUUGUCAGAGCGGUGACAGACGAUCAAAGCAGGAGGGCGUGGCCUAGACUGUUUGUAUCUGCUGUAACAACUGUGUGUGCUGUAGUUUAGCGCCUGUUGCCAAGCUCAUUAGGCUGUGAAAACAAGGCAUUGACGUGUUACAUCAUGAAAAUCAGUCUGCUGCUUUUUGUUUUGCCCCCGCGUGGAAUUUUGACGCUCAGCUGAAGGGCGUAACAAUGACGAUAAUGAAAUUAAACCUGUCCUUAAACCUCUUAAGGCUUAAGUUACAGGCCUGCUUUAAUGUAAUGACACAGAGGCAUGCAGCGACUGGUGUAAGUGGCUAAGUCUAAGCUCCAGGUUGAGGCUCAUGAGCCAACUGUGGAGGCAGGGUUAACCUUGUGAGAAAAAGCUUGUUAAAUGGAGCUGCACGAUUAAGCAGAUAUCUGCUAUUACUUAAUGAACGGACCAGGCCAGGCCUUAACUCACAUGACAAGAGACAGCAGCUGACAAUGGCUGUGGGAGGAGAGGCUCCUCUGAACGCAGAGGAAACAUGGGGUGCAGAAUGAAAACUUGGAAAACAGGAAGAGCAGUGAAAAUUUCUGUUCGAUAAGUGUUUUAAGGAAAAAGUUAACUCACGGGGUCUUUAGAUUCCGUAUCCUUGUUUUAACCCCAGAGGAUUCCUCUGAGAUAGAAGGAAAUUACUUCCCGCCCACACCAGAGGGGAAAACCAUUUACGCUCUCCAUUAACUCUGUGCUAUGUGAAGGUGACUCCUAGACACUUUUUUUUUUUUUAUGCUUGCAGAAAAAAAAGCACCAGAGGUGCCUGAAUGGUGGGAUGCAUUAUUGCACACUCUGUCGUCAUCCAUCGCAGCAUUACGCUCAAACGUUAAUGCACUUUCUGUAGCUGUUACACUCAUGGUGUAGUAUCAUAGACUGUAUAUAGAAUUGACGCCGUCUGCCUCCAAAGCACCAAAGAACAGCACCCUCUGGUGACAGGCUGCAGUAAAGGUCAUGAAUCCCGACUCCUCCAGCAAUCCCUAUGGAGCUGUGGACAAACUUUAGAAAUUUAUUACACAGAAUAUAAAAUUUUCUCCCCCCUGGUUUCGAUGGUGACAUGUAGUUACAGUAAGACUGGUUUGUGCUCAAGUCCUCUUUUUUUCUGUGCAGCUCCAUUUUUAAAAGUUAUUAGAGGCUUCAUGUUCAUGCCUAUAGGCGUACGAAGAUUGCGUAGGUCAUCCAGGGGAUAUGCUGUUUUAGUCGAGCAUCAUCACAGCGACUCUCCCGCUAAAUGCGUACAACGCUACUUAGCAAGUGAGGGCUUCGAAUUCGUAUAGUGACGGAAGGCGGAGCCAAGUUGUCCAUAGUAUAUACAGUCUGUGGUGUAAACACAAAGACAAUCUCAUGAAUUUUACAGUCUCCACAUAAAUAAUUCUCUAUGAAUGAUACUUUUUUAAUUUUACGCAAUGAAAUAUUGUGUUUUAGUGUGUAACACGCCUGAUGUGGCAGAUAGCUGUACACCAAUUAGUUCAGUUUUGUUUAGAGUUUCUGCCUGUCCAUGAAAAGUUUUUCCUUGUGAGAAAAAGUAUCAUGAACUAUCAUGAGUUUGGAGUUUUGGUCAAGCGUAAAGGCGUACACUUGGACAUCUGUCAUCAAAAAUAUAUCAGUCACAUAAUAAACAGAGACUAGUACGGAAGAGGAUUAGGGCCACUGGAAAAAAAAAAAGGUCCAAUAUAAUUUUUAUUAUUAUUAUUAUUAGUCUGAGUUCAAAGUCAGAGUCCUGUCUUUAAACUCAGAAUUCUGACUUUUUGUCCUCAGAAUAAUAAAAAAAUAUCAGACCUUUUUUUUUUUUCUAGUGGCCCUUAAACCUCUUCCGUAGACUAGCAUUGAGAGAAAGUCCAAUAAAUGGAACCACUCGACCUGUUUUUGAUAGAACUCACAUCCCAAAACUGAAGCGUGGUUGUUGUUUUUCACCAAGUGAAGCAGAAGGAUACUCAUGUAGGCAGAGGGAUCUCUAAAAGUAGGCAGGCCCCGUGGAGGACUGGCAGAGGACCAUGGGAGCUCAGAUGAGUGACGUUGGUUACCCAUGGCAUCACUAUGCAAACACAAAAGCCCCUGUGAGCGUAAAGCCUCUCCAGACCUCGAGCUUUGUUCACAUCCACUGAGCCAAGUCUGCCUGUCAGGAGCGGCCACUGACCCAUGGUCCUGUGGAUCUGUGUGUGUGUGAGUGUGAGUGUGUAGUGGUCUCUGUUUCCUCACAUUGUUACAGCCAGUAUAAAGUUUAGUACUUGUAUCUGUCUAGGAGGCACAAAUCUAUCACACAAAGUCCCUGUAUCACUGCGUCUAACUGGAGGUCUUUUACAAAAAUGUCAGAGUUUAACCUCACGCUUAAGGAAACUGUGACGUUGUGUUACUUUCUGUUGUUUAACUGGGUGAUUUGAGAAAGAGUGUUGACCUCAGCCAAGACCUAUUUUGUUUGUUGGAUAUGGACCAAAAUUUGAUGAGUUCUUUUUUUGGCUCUUGCUUCAGUCUUUCACCCAGUUUCAGGACAACAAAGGUCAGCGGCGCCUUAUUGUCGCGCUGACAAAAACACAGGGAGAAAGCACCAAAACAAAAUGCUGCAUAUAAUCUUUGAAUCCUUACAGGGGGUGUGUGACGACACCACCUCUACACCUGAGUAUAUCAUGUUAGGAGUACUUUAUAUCUAUAUUUUUUAACACAGUGCUGUUGUAGAAAGAAAGAGCUCUCCCAAAGGAUUUAAAUCUUUAAUGGUUGCACUGUUACUAUCCUUUGCACGCUCUGCACAUCAAAUACUACUGUAAUGUUUGAUGGUAAAGACUGUAUGAAUACCAAUGCAAAUCUCACAGGUGCUGCAUAAACACACAUAAAAAGGGAGAGGCUUUUAGCUUCAGAUUUUAUGCAGCAGUGUGGUCUUCUCAAGGGGGACAGUGCUGCUUCAAACCAGAUUUAAAAACUCACAAUGCAGACUGAAUCAAAAUCAUGCUGUUGGCGAGUGUGUCAAGGAUAGCAUGUUUUGUUUUUAUCAGGCAGAAGCCUUGAGCAAAACCAGACUGAUUGUUGGACAGCUAUCAAAUCUGACGGGAUGAGCUGAGAGAGACACAAAGAAGAAGAGUCAGAAAGAGAAGUAGAUGAUUUAAAACUCAGGAUUGUAAUCGUUUCAUUUCACCAAACCCUCAUGUCAAGCAUCUGCAGCAGCGGUCCAUGCUCCUCUUUGUUUUAUGUGGAUUUCAAACCCUCCAACCCCAGCUUAUUUAAAACAACAAACUGCAGAAGUAGUGCUCCGGGUCUGGCCCUGACUCUGCUGUCAAUAAAACUGGAUUUCUUUGCUUUAAAUCCUCCACGUUGCCUCCGGGGAGUCUGGGUUUCUCUUUGUGUCUGCUGCAGCGAUGAUGAUCGUUGCCUCUGACCUUUUGUUGUUUCCACUCCGCUCCGAGUCUCCAUGCUAUGAUCCACAUGCUUUUAUUAGAGAAACACGCCUGAGGGGAGUUUGCGCCGUGCUGUACUACGGCCGCACACAUGUCAUAUGUCUUUUUAAGUGUUAGCCAAAGUGUUAAAGUGUUAGCCGAGUUAGCCGCUCUGAAGCUAUGAAUAACACCUACUUUGCCUGCAGCAGUAGUCUAAGGAGGAGUGUGUGUUUCUGAAUAGACUCGGCUCAUUAAAGUGUAAAGUAAACUCACUCUGUAUUUUAUUUAUAGAGCUGAUGGAUGUGCUGUGAUCAAAAUCUUUAAAUAACUUCAUUUACAGGCCUCAUCAGAAAAUAAUCGCUGAUGUCUUUAGAUCGCACUAUCGUGGAUGAAGAUUUCUCCUAAACAAACAGAUCUGGGGAAAGCUCUGUCUCAGGAUUACAGGCUUCCCUCUGCAGCAAAGAGAGCCCUAAUUAACGGAUAUUCAGAUUAUCUUUAGGAGCCGACUCUGUCAUGGUGACAGGCCGCUCUGUGACACUGUAAUUUGAGCAAAGUCCUCAAACGUCUCCAGUGUUUAAAGCGUCAUGACCCUCUUUCUAGACAGAAGGCUCUUCCCUUCCAAGACGGCUCUAAGCAUAGCCUUCACUUAAACCGGACUUGCCUCGAAAUAGACUCCGGUCCGGCCGCAGCAUUUCUGACAGACCUCAGUUAUCUAUAUCACAACCUCUAAGGAGUCAGCGCAUUUCUGCCAGACGCAUCACCACUGCAGAGAGUCUUCAAUCCGGGGAGCCACGCCACAUGUGGACGCGUUUAUUUAUGACAAGGAGUGGAUUUCCUUCCCCUCCUCCUUCUCCUCCUCAUUCUCAUUCUCUUUCCUUCCUCAUUGUGGAACUCUUAAGAAACAAGCUGGUCAUGCAGAAUAAUUGGUUGUAAUUGUAGAGUAGCUUACACGUCAGCCACACCCCAUGCAAAUAUGUUGAUCUUUCAGCUGCUGCAUGUUGAUUUUCCUCCUCUCUCUUUUCUUCUUCCUCUUCGCUCCAGCGUAUUUUAUCAGCACUUUGUCCAGUUAAGGCCUCAGCUAAAACAGAUGAGGUCUAAAUGUGAAACUGGACCUGUAAAUAGGAUGUGGAUGUAACUUAACUUCCAUCAUCAAACUGCCAGCAGAGCCUCAGAAAUAGUCCUCAGACGGUCACAAAUAGCCGUGUUUGCACAGCGAGCUGCCACCUCGUUAUUUAUGUCAGGAGGUCAUCCCUGCUCUUAAUAAAGAGGGACGUUAUUUUCUACGUGAAGUGAGCUGGUGUGCUAUAUAAAACUGAAAGGAUGAGUCUGUCUGUCCAUUAAAAAGUGAUAUCUGAGCUACUGUCUGUGGUUUUAUUACAGUGAAUGAUUGGUUUUUAAACUGCGUGUAAGUCGGUUGUAAAAAUGAUUAAAAUCUUUAUUGCAGUGUCGAGUCUCAGAGGGUUACAACCAAUAAUAUGUUCAGUACUGUUUAUAUCAUCAAUUAUUCAUCAUGUUCAUUAUUGUUAAGACCUUAAACUGGCAGAAAAAUGUGGAAGAUGACAGUUUCAGUUUUCUUUAGCCUGACUCUUUAACCUUGAAUUGUCAUAAAUGGUCUACAAACUUAUUUGAAUGUGAUGAUUGAUAAAAUAAAGUGAGGGGAGAUACAAAAUUACCUUUGUUAACAAAAAUUGCUCUCAAUUACUUUUUUUGUUGUUAAGCUACUUGGUGCAUCACUUAUCUUUGGUAUUCAUGUCUUUUGUUUUGGAGAAAUAUUGGCUUGAUAGGAUUUAAAUCACAUUUUGAUGGACAAUUAAAUGCUACAAAAAAAAGGUUAAUUAAGCUAAAUUAAGAGGUAAAGGUACAGUCUGUGAUUUUCAAGAAGAGUGUCAAAUUUUAAUUCGUCAGACCAAAGGACAACAGAAAUAUGGAGUGUCAAAUCCCAAUCCAUGAGACCACAAGAUAAUUGAAUUAAAAACAGAAAUCUAUCCUUAUCGUUAAAAACUCAUUCAAAUUAAAUCAAAUAAAGGUCCAAAAAAACUAAACAUAGCAUAAGGAGGGAAAGGUGUGGUCCAUGAUCUCCAAAAAAACCGUCAAAUUUUUAUUUGCCAUACCAGAGGCGGGUUAAAUAAAUAACAGAAAUACAUUAUGAUUGUAGAAAAAUCCAGUUAAUGUUACAGAUUAAAAAUUGAGUUGCAAAAUAUUUAAACAUAACAUCAAAAGGGGAAGGUGAAAAUUCGAUUUGUUAGACCACAGGACAAUUAAAUUAAUGGUACAGAAAUACAACAUUAUAGUUGAAAACCAAAUUAAAUGUAAUUGUGUGAAAAUAAAGUUUAUUAAAUAUUAAAAAUAACACCAAUAGGCAAAGAGGAGGUCUGUGAUUCCAAAAAGAGCGUCAAAAUUUCAUCCAUCAGACUGAAGGACGAUUAAAUUAAUGACACAAAUACAGAUUCGAUGUUGAAAAGGCAAAGUUAGCUGAAGAUAAAUGAUUGUGUUGCUGAACCCACCUGAGAUCGAUAUUAAACAUCUGACAAAUUUACAAGCUGCUUUUUUUUUAAUGAGAGCGACUAAAAGAGGAAAGAGAAUAAAAUUUUAACAACACUGAAGUUGUCUCACACCUUUCACACCGAGGUUGUCAGAAAUAGUCCUGUGUCAGACUGUAUCGCACCUACAGUGAUGAAAAUGCUGCUGAAGGCAUGAUAUGCAAAUGAAGCACGGACACCUGCUGGCAUGGUGCAGCAGCUGUAAAUCUGCAUAUUCAUGAGGCGUGUGUAAUUGGGAGUUUUGCUGCAGGUGUGAACGCUCGUCGUGGGUGGUGUCUUUGUUAAAUGCUUGGUGUUGAUUGGUGGCCCGCUGAGGAAUAAUGUCAGAAAAAAACUGGAAUCAAAUUUAUUUGACAGAGAUGCAAAAUGGUUAACCGUGAAGCCAGACUGACUUCCACUCGACCUCCACUGCUGUGUUUGCCUAACCCAUUAUCUGCUAUCUGACUGCCUUGAAAGCUGCAGAUGGCGGCUGGCUCACACACACACACACACACACACGCAAACACACACACAGUCUCUGCACAUUUCCAGGGUGAGCUUUUGUGUCUGUGGUCGGUGGUUGACACAGAGAUGGGACUCCUGUGUCAACAGCACAUGGUUGAAUGACACGACGGCCCAGAGUCUGCACUCUGACGUUGAAGAAGAGUCCAAGAGGAAAUUACAAACAAACCACAGACCUGCUGUAGGGAGGAAGCUUUUGUGUUCCUCUCCUGCUCCUCGGUAAAUUUGAAAAUGUAAAGUUUAUUUAUGUUUGGCAGAGCGGCCUGUGGACUCCUGAGACUACUAUAAAUGAUCAGUAUCACGGCUUAGACUCUACUGCUAUUUUAGCUGCUUGACAUCGUCUCUCCAGCCCUGAUUUAAUGAUGCUGUUUAUUUGUUGUGCCAGAUGAUCCGAGUUUAAUUAAGCAUCUCUUGUAUCAGGUUUAACGUGUGUGUGUGUGUGUGUGUGUGUUUGUUUAGUCGAGUGUUUCCACUCCUGAAAAGGAUGCGUCAUUCAUAGUACAGUGAUAUGUCUCUACAAAUAGAAUGAUAAUAAAAUAUGGAGGCUUGUAAAUAUUGCUCUACCAUCAGUUUUCAUGGUAGUGAUAUUUAAAAUGUCAGAUCUAUUAUCUGUUAUGUUGCCGUGUUCACAGCAGGUGGAUUUUGAAUCAAGCACCAGAUUUGUUGUGGUGUGUGAGUGCAGCUGUUUUAAAUAGACGUGGCCUGAGGACUUUAUUUUGUUGAAUAAUUCAGUAUAUUGAACCUGAGUAUGAAUUAAACUUCAAUCUGUUUACAUUUAAACCAAAUAGAGUUUCAGCAAAUUCACCUGACAACAUACUAAAACAUCAACAUCUGAUGCGUGGCUGGUUUCCAACCCCGGCUUGUUGAGAUAUGCGGACUCUGCACGUGUAGUAGUCUGUCCCACUUGGCUGGAUCAUCUGCGCGUGGACUCUAAAGGCCUGUUUUGAUAUUUUGAUAUCAGAUUUUUCCAUUACAAAAAAUAACAGAUGCGUAUUUUCCUGAAAUCACAUGUUUAUGGGUAUAACAGACAGUAUUACGGUAUCAAAGUCCAAAGCAGGCUCGUCAAAAUAUAGAAAAAACUAUAUUGAACAAAAGUAUCUCUAACCCUGGAGCGUUCAGGUUUCUGCAUACUUGUUCUUAUUGAAAAAAAAGCUUGUGCAUCGGACCAAAUAGAGCCUCCAGAUUUGUGAUGUAAAGCUGCAACCCUUCGCUGAGCAUCUCUGUUGGUUUGCAUUGAAACAUCUUUAAAAAAACAAAAAUACACCCUAUUGCUGCAUCUGAUAUGAGACCACUUUUUGUUAGUGGUCUUCUUAUCCUACUCUCUCUUCUAAAAAGGACACUAGGAGAUCUUUCCAGCAGCUGGAAACCUGUAGUGAAAAUCUGGAGAGCAUGUGAGAGGAAGAAAAAGGUCUACGUUCCCUCAAACCAUGACCCCAGCCCGCCUCAUGGUCCUUCCUCUCCAUGUUGACAGCUACAGAUGAUCCCUCGCUGACACCUCCUGUUGCCUAACCUCCCCCCGGCUUCCCCGCCCCCCUGAUAAUGAUGGGGUGGUCUGCUCCCUGACCUUUGACCCGCAGGAAGCAGUAAAGUCGUUAUCAGCGUGCCACGGGGACUCGGCGCAGCCUUGUUUGUUUUUCAAAGCACAUUUUCCGAAAGGCUCACGAGGUCUGGGAUCAGUGGGAUUUUCAUGCAUAUCGAGAGGAAGAUGAACAAGUGAGCUCGGAUCGGUGUGUGAGUGUCCAUGAACCGAGUGUGCAGGUUAUAAAACACAGCUAAUGUGUCCCAGCAGAGGCCGGGGUGUGUGUCUUAUUCCUGCCAGCUCUGACCUCAUAUAUUAAAAUAUGUGAUAGAUUUGCUCUCUCUCUAUUAGCUGUUACUCUGUUGCACAUGAAUUGACAAGACUGUAAUGAUUGAACCUUUUUAAAGACACAUCUGAGUAAAUUCAAAAGGAAGAUAAUCCACCUUUAAUAAUAGGACUGCCCAACAGUGUAAAUAUAAAAUGUAUUUGCAUUAAAAAAAUAUAAAUUCUUGAUGAAAUAUGUUUUUCAUUUGCCCACGUUGAGCACUUCCAAAACAUUUCUCAACAAUCAGGCCAGAACUUUUAUUUAUAAUCAAGCAAAUCAAACUGAAGCAAAAACAUGAGCUCCUUCACCAAGAAUUCAUAGAUUUGACCCAAAUCAUAAAUUGGUAAAAAAGGGUCCUCUCAACCUCGAGUUCAGCAUUAAAGGGAUAUUCCAGCGUAAUUUAAGUCAUGGUCAAACACACUGUAACACAGAGUUAGACACCCCUUCGAGAGAUGAAUGUUGCUGACCGCUUGCUUCUCUAGUUUUCCAAUUUCAGCAACGACUGCGCGAUAGCAAUACACAGCAGUUUGUGGGGGAGCCCUGACGAGUCGAUCACUGAGUACUGCAGAAUUUCACAGCUCAAGAACAUUUAUGAUUAUUACUUAAUGGAAAUGCAAUCAGAGUUCUUGUGUCUCUUGUAUGUGCACUGCAGAUACGGUAGUUCUCCUGCCUUAGCAUCUUGGUCUGAUUGCAUUUCCAUGAAGUUAUAAUCAUAACUGUUCUUCCUUGAGCUGCUAAACUCCACUGCACACAGUGAUUGAUUUGUCAGGGCUCCCCCACAAACAAGUGGCUGCUGGAGGAGAGUGGGUGAGUUGUGUUUAGUCUCUUUGCUAAAGAAAUCAGGCAAAGCUAAAAGAUGUUUGGUGGCUAGUACUAUGGCUGGGACCCUAUAUGUACUGUUGAUGAAAUUAGGUGCUGUUCUGAGCAUUAUUUGUGGCUAUAGAGUGGCGUUUUGGUCAUGGAGACACAGACCACUGUGUAUUGCUAUCGUGCUAUCAUUACUAAAGUUGGUAUAACUAGAGAAGCAAGCGGUCGGCAACAUUCAUCUCUCGAGGGGGGGUCUAACUCGGUGUUACAGUGUGUUUGAUCAUAACUUAAAUUUACGCCAGAAUAUCCCUUUAAGUCUCUUCUUCAGUCUGCUUUUGAUCAUACAUAAGACACAGCCUUUAUAUUACGGUAUCAUCACUUCUUAGAUUAAAACGAUGUCACAAAAUGCUGCAUUUAAACAUACCUGAAUAGCGGCUCUUUAGCCAUAUUAAUAUUAAAACAGUCGAGCAGCUUCAUUUACAUUUCAAAGUCAUACUGUUGCUCACAGGAGUCUACUCAGCUGUUGAUUUAAAGUUAUAUUUUCCACUGUACAUAUUGAAAUAGCCCCACAUGCGUCUAAGCUUACAUUAAAGCCCGACUAAGUGGUUGCAAAUUCUCCCCGUGGGUAUAAACUAAUUAAAUGAUAAACCAUUUCAGAGGCUCAUGCUUGAAAAAUUUGUUCCUAAUUCUUCGCUUAGGUUGGCAGUGAAUUAACCUCCUGCUGCAGACUGUGACGGAUGUCUGGACGCUGAGCUGCUCUCUCUCUCUCUCUCUCUCUCUCUCUCUCUCUCUCUCUCUCUCUCUCUCUCUCUCUCUCUCUCUCUCUCUCUCUUUCUCUCUCUCCCUCUUUCUCUCUCUCUUUCUCUCUCUGUCUCUCUCUCUCUCCCCCUCUAGCUGUCUGUCUGCCUCUGCUGCCCCUCCUUCUGGUAUUUUUUAUUCGACCAGACCGGCAUUAUAUCCUGCUGGGAUCGGAUUAUGACUUUAAUUCUUGGCUUCCAUUGCUGGUCACCAUGACAACCCCAUCCUCUGUGUCACGCAGAGUACAGAGUGUUUUCAGACAUAUUGGUACAGUACUGGAGAAUAAGCACAUCUCAAAAGAACAUAUGAAACUGUGUCAUGGAUUUGGUUUUCGUCUAAAGCACUGAAGCCUGUUUAAGUGUGUUUUUCACUGCUCUUCAUGUUUUAUUAGAUUGUACUUUUUGUCUGCUACAGUAGGUGGUCCUGUCUGGCUGAGUGUGCAGAGCAUGAAACCACUGCUAGCAGGGUGUGUGAUACUAAAAAUGAGCGGUCUCAUUGUUCUUAAACACACUUUUGAAGCAUCCUUCUAAAGCAGAAUAGGAUCUCUGUCGUCUGUUUAUUCUGCAGUGUGACUGCAGACAGUUUUAUUUUAACUUCUGGGAAGAACACAAGCUUAGCAGUUGCAUCUGCAGCUUUAUUAUAUUCACUUCUGAUAUUUACUUUUUAUUUGAGUAUCCUGCAAAAUACAGACAAGCUCUGAGUCUUGCACAGAUUUUUGAAAGCCUUAUAUCAUUUCCAGCUCUGAUAGUGUUAAGUCUGUCUCUCUAAACCUGCAUGCAACCCCCCAUCGACACACACAUCCACACACAUGCACACACACACACCAGCUUAGCUCUGUUGCACUAAUCCCCAAACUGCAGACAGAGGUGAUUUCUUGCAUAUAACAACUGGCAGCAAGUAAUUUCUUUUUACAAUGGCAGUAGACACACAGCAGACGUUCGACCAGCACAGACAUGUGCAAGUUAACUCGUAAGAAGGACCCGAGGCUGGUGCUGCGGGCUCUGCUCUCCCUCUCUCAUAUCCAACAAAUCAAUUCGUCUAAAUUCACUCCCAGAAUCUCUCAUCCUGCGUUCAGCUGGGUUAAAUGCAUUGUGCUCAAUUUUGUAUGUUUCCUGGCAGUUUUUUGACCUUAAGACUCGUCAGCUGUCAUAAUUACAAUCAUUAAGUUUCUGUUUCAAUAGAAAAUAACCCUUUUUCAAACAUCCAUAUAGUGCACUUUUAGUUGCUAAAAGGGACUUUUUGGUGGCUGACAUAUGACAUUAUCGACAAAAAUUAUCGACAAAAUAUUAGAGACAAAAAGUAUAGAAAAAAAAUCACCUAUUCUGUAAAUAAAGUAAGAAGAAAAAAGAUGUUAACCAGGUUGAAAAAUUAUUCAUCUUUUGAGUCUGUGAUGGAAUUUAUCGCCUAAAAGUUAUACACUGUUGUAGUGGAGAGCUCUGCCAAUAUAUGACUGACUUAAACCACAUUAAUUUGUUCAGUUUUUAGGAGAAGGGUAGGGUAGGGUAGGGUAGAGACGGAUAUUUUCUUUGUAUUCUUCUUGUUAGUUUUGGUUUUUAAUGCUUUAAUCAGAGGGGAUAGAGCAGCACACGAAGUGUCUGUAAGAGGCCCAUUCAUCAUAAUUGAGGAUUUAGAUAUAUCAUAACAAAAUAUAUAUAUAUAUUUGUUUUGAAUUGAUUUAUUGUUUUUUUUUUCAAUCAACAACCUUCAUAAAAUGUUGACAGUAUCCUGAUAUUAGGUGUAGACUUAUGAUUGUCUUUGAUUAUUGGGGCCAAUAUUUUGCAUUUUGCCGAUUAUCUGUAUUGGCCUUUUAUUUUCUGAGUAGCCGAUAAAGUCAGUAGAUCAAAAAGUGCUCAACUUUGGCUCUGCUGCUUGUGUGUGUGUCUCUCUCUGGGUCUGUUUUCUUUGUGUUGUGGGCGGUACACGAGGUGAGACAAUUUUAUUGGUGACUGGGUUUCAGUUUUGAUUAAACAUAAAAAUGAAACAGAUGUAAGAGUAAGAUUUCUGACAAGUUAAAAGAAAAAAAAACACUCUUUCCUUCCUCCUCUUGUCUGACCUCUCCUUUCUUUGAGAGUAUAAAUAUCUAAAAAUACAGGGAUGUUAGACAUUUCCAGUCUCACCUAUUGACUGUAAAGUUCAAGACUUUGCAGAGAGUCUCCUGACAUUGUGCUGUGAGGAUUUUGGAGUGAUCAACUGCCUUUCUGACGUCCCGGUCUCUCUCUACUAACCAAAGCAGACGUAUAACUAACAGAGAGCAAAGAUCCUGGAGGUCAGUGCAGGAAACAGUUUGGUUAUGGAGAGUUCUGUCAGUGACUCCUCUGUUAUUGUUCCUCUCCCUGUUUCUUAUUUUCUGCUGAUCUAGUGCACAUGACACUUUACAGAGCUGCCAAUCACAGAGUAACGCCUCCUAUUAGAGUGUAAAAAAACAAGUUUAGCUGAACUUCACAGAAAAAUGAGCUCUUGGACAUAAAUCAUCUUUAAAAAGAAUGAACCAAUGAAGGAGAAACUGUGCCAGAGAAUGACUUAUUUCACCUGCAGUUUGAUUUUAUAGCUUGACCUAUGCCCCAUCUGUUUACAUGGAGGAAGUGUACUUUAUUGAAAAUACUGCAGCCGGUCAGUAGGGGAGCUCUAAAUGUUUUGGUGUCUUUUUAUAUGGUUUAUAGUUUCACUCAAGGUCCAAAGCAUCUCCUUAUACUGGGAUUCGUCUCUUUAUUUUCGUCUGUGACUGACAGAGAGAUUAUGCAGAAGAGCACUGAGCUGCUCUGAGAGCAAUCUGGUACAUGUUUCUGUAAUUCUCUACCUGCCUGACCAGUUCUGAACUGUCCUGGAGUCUCAAACUGAAAAGGCAAACCUCGCCCUUCUGGCACAUUAUGUCUUGUAAAAAUGAUUAUCUGACGCUGUCUCGUGUGAAAGCUCGUCUUUCACAUGCAGCCUGUCAACGAUUUACAACCACAAUGAGGCACGUACGCAACGGCCUGCAGAGUCUCUGGUGUCGAGCCAAGAGUGUGACAAAGACCCACUUUCUCUUUUAUUACCUUCCCGUCCUCUCCGCCCUUCAUGCAGCCUGUAAUCGUCUCCUCUGUGGAGGACAGUGAGGCGUUAUGCUUGAAGUGGAGUGGGCAGCCCAGCAGCAGGUGACAUCAUCCCAAGACAGCCGCACUGCUGCUCUCAGCAAAUCUCCACAGAAAGGUCCGGCCUGUUUACUUCCCCCUGUCUGCAGCGAUCACUGGGAGUGCAGCUUUUGUGCGCCUGGCUUUGACUUUUUUUUUUGCGUGUGGGAGAAAAAAAACAGGCUGUUCUGAGUCUCUGCAGCACGGCUCUUUGUCUGCAAAUCUUAAAAACAGUUUACAUUAUUCAUAAAUUGUUAGUAAAACCCGGGAUGUUGUCUUCAACUGUUGUUGUUUUUUCCACUCAGACGUGUACAGCUUUGUUAUUAAGUAGCUAAAUAAGAUAGAAACCCUCACACCAGACUUUAUCAGAACAAAGACAUAUCUGACCACUGCUCACUUCUUUGCAUUUCACUUUUUGUGCAGACCACACUUCACUUGAAAUAUUAAUGUCUCUCAUGCCUGUAUGGUUUGUACAAAAGUUUCAUCCCGGUCAUAUUGUCUAAUUUUUUCUCUAAAUUAUGCUGUUUUGUGCAGAUUUUGUGCAGUAUGGUUAAUGUGCAAUAUGUUCAGUAUGCCGUUGGUGUUUUUUCUUCGACAUGUGUCUUUGGUUGCAAGUAGACUCUUUGAUUUUUAGUGUUUUUAUUUAUCACUGGUAUUGUGGCGGUCAUUGAGUGUACGCAGCAUUUAAGUCUGAGACAGAUUUCCCAAAGGAGACAAGUAGGUGUAUUAUAUCAUAUUCCAUUAUAUCACAUUGUAUCGUGUCAUAUUGCAUCAUAUGAUAUGGUAUCAUAUCCCAUCAUAUUGCGGCAUAUACCAUCGCAUCGCAGCAUGUCAUAUUGUAGUGUAACGUAUCAUAUUGCAUAAUUUCCCAUCAUAUUGUACCGCAUUGUAUCAUAUUGCAUCAUAUCCCAUUGUAUUAUAUGACAUCACUUUGUGUCAUAUUGUAUCAUAACAUAUUGUAAUGUAGUGUAUCCUAUUGCAUUAAAUACCAUCAUAUCAUAUCAUAUGUCAUAUCCCAUCAUAUCCCAUUGUAUUGCAUCGCGGCGUGUCAUAUUGUAAUGUAACGGAACAUAUUGCAUAUUGUAAGAUCAUAUUGUAUUUUAUCGCAUUGUAUCGCGUCAUAUCCCACUGUAUUGUAUGGCAUCGCUUUGUGUCAUAUUGUAUCAUAUCGUAUUGUAAUGUAGUGUAACGAAUUGCAUCAAAUACAAUUGUAUCAUAUCCCAUUGUAUCAUAUCAUAGUCCCUUGCAAUAUAUCUGUAUUGAUAGUAACUGUUUUCUUAAAAACUAUUAAGAAAUAUUAAUUUUGUGCUUAAAAUGAACAAAUGGUAAUACUCAAACUCCACAGCUGAACUCUGCUAUGCUGGUUAUCACGCGUCAUCAAAUGGAAGAGAAAUUAAGAAGUAGUGGAUUGCUCACAAAUUAACUAUAGCAGAUUUCUGAGAGAUGAUUGAACACUUAAAAAAAUUUGUUUCCUGUUUUUGCUACUGUUUUCUUUCAGUUCCAAAAGUCUCUUGAAGGUAGGAUACUCCAAAAUAAAAGUGUAGUAUCGAACUUUCAAACACAAGACGGGAGAAAAUACCAUAAUAAAAUCGUAAAUGCCGUUUCUCAGGGAACAUUUCCUGCAGAGAAGUUUCAGUAACAGAGUUCAAGAGUUGUUUCUUUACAGCAUUUAUUUAAUAUUAGAAACGCUAGAUGUAAUAAUGGCUGCUGUUGCUGUAAAAUUUCUAUAAAAAGAUGCCAAACUCAAAGGACUCACUAGAUACUAAAACAAAACAGACAAGAGUUACAGCAGAGCACAAAAGAUGAUAAGUUUAGGGCAUGUCCGAUAAAUCAAAGCAAACACAAGCACAGUCCAAAGACAGCGAAUAAGACUCAGACUGUACAUGUGCUGGUGUUAAUGCAGCACCUCAGCGUUUCCUUUUUUUGCUAAGGGAUUUCAUUGACUGCAGUGUUACACACACACACACACACACUCUCACACACCUCUCUGCCACACCCCCUUUGCAGUGAGCGCUGCACCCGUAAUGAUUUAUUGGAUGCAGUGAGGAGGAGGUUUGGUGGUUGGAGGGAGUAAGCGGGGUUGUUGUAGCAGGUUUGGGCGCGCUCUCGUGAGCCAACAGCUCAGACACACACAGAGAGCAGAGAAGUAAAUGAUAAACUGAGCGUUACUGUGUUUUAAAUCGUGCUCCUGAAUCUGAAAUGUUCGUUUUUUUUAGUGUUUCCUCUUCGGUCCAGGAGGAGAGUUUGAAGAAACGACCCUACCUGAUUGGACCGUCUUGUAUCUGUUUCUGGCUGCUGAUAUCUAGACAACAAGUCUCUAGUGAGGAGACGUCACGACCCUUGACUCUGACCCUCACCCUCUCCUGACUUCUGACCUUUGACCUCGGCUCCUCCCCUUCCUUUAACUCUCAAAAUCCACAGACGAGUCCCCACAGCUGCUUUUAACGGCUGCGGCGUCGAUACAGCAACUCUCAGGUUACUGUGAUUUUUCCGUGUGCUUUUUUGCGUAUCUAAUUGUGUCUUCUCUUUGCAUACAGUUUUAAACAAACACACCCCUGACUGAUUCCCCUCUCAUUGUCUCAGACUUUAUUAAUAUUUACUUUUCCACGGAUGAAUCCCCCGUCAAAAAUCCCCAAUGGUAAACCAAGAUGUCUCAUUUUUUAUACAUGCAGAUGAAAAGAGAGUAAAUUCCUAAAAUGGCAGCAGAUUUCCCGGGUGUGAGAGUGCUGUGGGGGGAGUGUUGAAACAGACAGGAUUACACACCCAAUUAGUGAGCUAAAGUGUCUGAAACAAAGACCCCCAUGUGGUUUCUGGAAGGAUUAGAUUUCUGGGACACUCUCAUAAGCCGAAGAAAUGUGGAAUCGAUUGAAUACGGCGAUUUGACAUGCGGGAUAAUUGAUUUUCCGAUUGAGGAUCACGUCAUUCGUUUCAUUACAACAACAGAGAUCCACAAACAAUAGAGCGCAUGACUGACGCAGAUUAGGAGGUUUGUGGAGUCUUUGUUUUGUCCUGUUUCGGCUCAGCUGAGAAUCUCAAGGACAAAACGGUUACUAGGUAGACUUUUCCAUUCAGUACAUGCAGCUGUACUUACAUUCAGGAUGCUGGGAAGGCUCUGCUAAAAACACAGAUCAAUAUACUGCGUUGGUUUGACUGAAUGUGAACUUUAAUUUACACGUAACCACAUCAGUCCGACUAAAAUCGCACCAGCGGUCCAGUUAAAUUGCCUAAUUGAGCUUUAACUCGACUUAACUGUUGAACUUUAGCUGUUUAAUGUUAAAUGAUCAUUAGAUUAUGUCACUGUCACCAGUCUGCAUCAGAAUUAGCAUUUGGUAGAGCUAAUUAUCAAUAUUUUUAUGAUUAUAGACUCGAAAUGCACACCUUGUUCCAGCAUUUGUCGCUCUGCUUGUGCGAAAUACAUCUUAAAUAUUAGCUGUAUGUGUUGUGAACAGAUAGCCGAGCCAACAGUUUGCAGAGCUUGUUUUAAUCCUCAGAUGUCCAGCUGUAUGUUGCAGCAUUCAUCAAUAUUUAAUUAGGUGUGUAAAGGACGUAAGAAACAACUUAAACCUUAAUUAUCGUCACAUUUGAGAAGCAGAAACUAACAAAUAUUCAGAGUUUGUCCUUAUAAAUCCACAAAAACGUCGAUAAACCGUCCAAAAGUUUCCUGUAGUGAUUCUGUGGAUCCACCUAUCGAAGAAUCAACCGCUCCUGCUCUGCUCGUGUAAAACUACUCUGCUGACUAAGAUUUAAAGAUUCAACUUUGCAAUUUAAGGUCAAACUAGCUGACUCAGCUCAAGGCAUCUUUUUGCAACUCCUUCACAAUAAAAGUCUCAGUUUUCGCAGACUCCUGCAAAGGCAUGGGUUCAAACUGAGACAGAUGUUGAGCUACAAUGGCUGGAAAAUAAAAGAAAUAAAGCUCGAGUCCACCUUUGCAGCACUUUUCAUAUGCUGUCCUGCUAAUUGAUGGUUUUUAACUAUUGAUGAGUCAUCAUGUCAUCCAGGCAGGACGUUCCCUCUCCUCCCUCGCCAUCGUCCGGCCGUGUAAUCCUGCAGCCGUAACAUUGGUGUCAGCACCGGGAUCCAGUGUCGCACAGGCGGACACAAUGCCUGCACUGUACUCCCCUCACUGCAUUGUUCUCCUCUGAACUUGGAGGCACAAUGAGGCUUUUAUUUUUCCAUGCAGGAUAGAGAGGGAGAGAGAGAGAGAGAAAGAAAGAAAGAGAGAGAAGCAGGCUCGCUUUUUCUUUCAGGUGCUUUUCCUCUGAGCGUGUUUAUGAGCUGACCCAGAGUGGACAGUUUGCUGAAAAUGAUAUAUUGACAUUCAUAAGAGAUCAUUUUUGUUGCAUCAGGAGUUUAGCACUUCUCAAAUGUGUCUCUUUAAAUGAUUUUUUAAUCGUUUUAUUUCACUUUCAUUGCAAAAAGAGGGAACACAAACGGAACAAUCUCUCUUCUUUCCUUUCCAUCCAGACUAAACUGGAUAAUCCCCGCUCGAUUAAGACAGUUGGACAACAUUCAGGACAUGAGCACCAACAUAUCAGCUUUGUCGCACACUCAUGCACAGACAGACCCACUAAAUCAGUACAUAUUAACCCAGCUGGCAGGUUUUUAUGGGACAAAGUAUUGGGUCAGAGCAGGAUGUCGACCCUGGACUGGUUUCGUAUCAGAACGUCACAUCUGCAGCAGUACAAAAAUGUAAAAACAGCUUUGGUUCUGUCGAUCACAGACAUAUAAAUGUAGUUUUACUUUCUUACUUUUACAGUAUUUCUGUGUCUGUUUCACAUGUCCAGUUUCCUGCUUAAUUAAGUCGCCUUUAUCCAUAGAAACUCGGAGGCAUAAUUACUAAUGUAGUGUAAUUACCACUCUACUGUAUGACACAACUAUGAUCCCCACAGCAGCUGUUGCGCUUGUGUCAGCAUCCACAGAAAUUAUGCAUCCUGUUCAACCUGCCCUUAUAUCAUAAAUAAGCUCAGGCUUAAUUCAGUCUAAAUCACAUGGUGUUAAAAUGGAUGUGUUUGCAUUGUUGUUAAUAGUAUGACAUGUUUGUAAGGGGCACACUCGGAGGGUUGGACUUUAAAAUUUGAUUGGCCAUCACUCUGAUUGGCUGUUGGGGCAAAACAUUGUUAUGGUAUUGAUUGUCCUCAUGAUAUUAAGGUAACAUGGAGCUACAGAAAUAUUUACUUAAUUGAUUUUAAUUAUUUUAAUAGAGCAGGAAAUGGGAGGAGAGAGUGAGAUUGUGCUGGAGCAUAAUCAGCAAAAAGAUGGGUCUUUCUGUUGAAGUGCAUCCUGCAAAAAGUUGUCCAAAACAAAGGAAAGCAGUUUUACAAAGAUCUGUUUCCCAAUUGUUUGUUUCCACAGCAAGUGGAUGCUUUGGAAAGAGCUGCAGAUUUACUAUAGUGGGUAACGGUGCUCAUGGGAAAUGUAGUCUUCAGUCUGCAGAAACACUACCAAAUUUAAAUCACCAGAAUCAACACAACAUGUAAUUUUCCUCACAGUGCCUUUAAGAACGGCACUAUUUCAUAACUUUUAAUGGUGGCAAAAGUUACAAAAAGUGAUGCACUGAACUUUUUUUUUUUUUUUUUCUCUAAUAUUUAGCCAAUCAAAUAUUACAAUUAUUAAAUAUGUUUUGGAUGUAAAUAAUCGAAACUGGGUUUGCUGCAGACACAGCUGUUUUUGUCAUCAGGAUCUUUUCAAAGGUUGGAAAAUCAACACAUGCCUCGAGAUUAAGGCUGCUCAACAUGAAACAAAAAAAAAGUUAAUCUGGAUAAAUGCCCAAAAAGGAUUUGGACUUGCAACCCAAACUUGGCCUCACAUGCACUCUCUUCAGUGUGCCAGAAAACUUCACACUCUCUUUCACUCUCAUAACGAGCAAAAUCCUUGACAAGUGCCUCAGCAGCAGCAGGCUGAGUCAGACAAAUACAGAUAAAGCAUCUAAACUGGUAGAGAUCCAUCAAACUCAGCGUGUCUGUUUAUUUCUCUGCUUAACUGACUGACUGUGGUAAUCCUCACUAAAACGUGCUCAUGCCAUGAGUCUUAAGUGUUUGCCUUUGAGGCUUAUCUUCUUUCCUGAUGUGAGGCUGCGCUAUUAUUCACCUUUCUAUUUGCACUUAAUCAGAUUUGGCAACAAACUUGAAACCUGUUGAUUCUUUGGUGUUAGUUCUGAUUUAAGUGAGCGGUUUGGGUGCGGUAGGAUUUCUCUUUUUAAUACUUGUUGUUACGCCAACAUUUUUCACUGCCUGAAGCUCUUUUUUUUAUCCUCCCCUCAUCUCCAGUAUUUGAACACAACAAAAAAAUCUAAUCUGUCACUGAUGAACUGUGGUUUUCUGGAAAGGGCAGGGAUUGUGGAUUAUUCAAGGUUUGAAAAUGACAAUAUGAGUAAGCUAAUAAAAAAAGGCUUUAAUAUGACUACUUUUCAACAAUCAAUACCAACAAAUCCCUACAAUAAAAAGACAGAUAAAACUAGGGGUGGGAGAAAAAAUCAAUGCACAUAAAAAAUUUUAAUAAUACUUUUUUGACUGACAUAUGAUGUGUAUUUUUUAGGAAAUAUGGUUCCUGGAAUAGUCAGUAGACAGUCAUUAUCAUUCAACUGUUUCACUGGUGUUAAAAAGGCAGACUGAAAAUCGACAACAUCGUGGAAUUGCAAUUAAAAUUGAAUCGGCAUCCAAAAAAACGUAGAAGAAUCACAUCGGGAUAAAAGCAUAUCGUCCCAGCUAGUUAAAACCAGAACUGUGCAGUUACAAUUUUCACUUUAGAACAAUGAUUCUUGUCCAAACAUGUGCAAUAAAACUCUCAAAAAUGUGAAAUCAUACUUUGCAUAUGAUGUGCAAGAAAACUUUCUGAUCAUGCAAUAAUACUCUUCCCAAUACUUGCAACAAUACUUCACACAUAAUGUGGAAUGAUCCUUGCACCACAAACAGUAAUACUGAGCAGAUCAUUUCACAUCAUGUGCAAUAAUCAUCAUGUGAUUUGCAAGGGUACUUAUGUCAUAUACAUCAUUUGCAUUAAAGCUAAUAAUUUGAAGUACAAUAUUACCUUUAACCCCAUGUGCAGUAACGCUCAUAUGUACAAUUAUUGUAUUUUUCACACUAUAAGGCGCACUUAAAAUCCUUUAAUUUUCUCGAAAAUCCUCAUCGAUGGUGCGCCUUAUAGUGUGAAAAAUAUGGUAUAACUUUUCAUACCAUGUCGUGUAAUAAAACUUUUCACAUCAUUUCAUGUCGUUUAAGCAAUAUUUUCCAUUUCAGGUGCACUUAACCUCUCAUUUUAUCUGCAGUUUUCAACAAUAAUUUUCAUAUCAUGUGCAAUAAAACUUUCAACAACAUGUGCAAUAACAGUUUUCAGAUCAUGCGCAACUAUCUUCACCACAUCAUAUGCAAAAAUAUGUAGCACAUCAUUUGCAGUUAGACUUACAUAUCAUACGCAAUAAUCCUUUAUAGCAUUUGCAGAAGUACUUAUGUCAUGUGCAAUCAUCAUAAUGCAGAAGUACUUAUGUCAUGUGCAAUAACACUUUUCAAACCAUGUGCCAGCUUAACGUGUGCAAUGGUACUUAAAUAUCAUUGACAGUAUUACUUUUCAUACCAUGUCAUGUGUAAUAAAACUUCUCACAUGAUGAACUGAUACAUGUCGUGUUGUCUAGAGCAAUACAGUUUUAGUUUUUACAUUAUGCGCAACAAUAAUUAUCAUGUAAAAUAAAAUCAUGUGCAAUCCCACUUUUUAUGUCAUGCUUAAUAAGGGUAAUGAAACCAUGAAUAUAGGGUACCAUCACAUGCAGUGAUACUCUUGAUAUUAUGCACAUUACUUUUCAUGUCAUGUGCAAUAAAACUUCACAUGAUGAACACUGAUACAUGUCAUAUCUUAUGCAGUAAUCCCUCUCAGAUUAGAUACACUGAACCUUUUCAUUUCAUCAGCAGAAUUAAUUUGUCAUUACUUUUGUGUAAAAUGAUGGUCAAAUUUUGUGCUUUCUCGCCUUUAUAAAGAAAAUAGAAUAAAAAACUGAACAGUGUUGCAGUGGAUCAAUGUAAAAUCAUUCCUAUGAGAGUAUUUUUAAGUAAUUCCUCAUCGUCACCUCAACAAACUUUCAUCUUUCUUGUUUUCGUCUGUUUUCUGCAGGAUUCGUCCUCAGCUGGCCCGGGAGAAAAUCGAAGGAUGUCACAUCUGCACGUAUGUGAUGCCCGGGGAGCCUCAGGUGAUCCUGGGCAAAGACAAGUCCUUCACCUACGACUACAUGUUCGACAUGGACUCCCAGCAGGACUCCAUCUACACCACCUGCACCGAGAAGCUGAUCGACGGCUGCUUCGAAGGCUACAACGCCACCGUGUUUGCAUACGGACAGGCGAGUCUUUGUCCUCGGUGUCACAGCUGCGGCGCUGGCGGUGCUUUAUAGCUGGGUGGAUGUGGGGAAACCGCUCUGUGAAUUUGUGUGUUUGAGGACAGAAGGAGAAGGGUUUAGUGUUUGCGAGGUGGAAAGUGUUGACAUUUUGGCAAAAGGAAACCAGAGGACACUGCUGUUGUGGAAUUUGAACCUCUGUGACCUUUGUUUUAAAAGAACUGUAGGACAUUUUAGGAAAAUAUGAGAGUUAGAUGAGGAGAGUGUGUGCUGUUUGAAAGUUUGAAACUGUUUAUUUGUCUGUCUCAGAGGAGAAGAACAAAUCAACAAAUCCUGAAAAUGAUAAUCAUUCGAAGCUCCUCUUUAGAUUUCCUCCUCUUUCCCUUCGUUUCUUCUAUCACCAAGUUAACCACAUGGAAAUAACAUGCAAGUUAGGCCUCAUUCCUCCCCCUUUUUUUGCCUCCCCUACUGCUUGGGUUGCCGUGGCGACAUGGCUCCCGCUGCAAGGCUCGCACAGGAUUCAAAGUGAAGUGCACAAACACCUAUUUUAGACGGUCAUACAUCUUUAAUGUGUGCCCAUAUUAACCCAUAUCUCCCCAGUUACCGCUGCUGUCAGUGCUGGCCUACUUCUUCUUCGUCAGGCAGAGGCAGCGGUUGGUCGCUCUGGCCUGGAUCAGACCUGGUUGCCUCCCUGGCUUUAAAGGGGACUAAUCUAGAUUUAGAUCGACCCACUGGGCUGCAUCACAAGAACUCAGCCUGGUUGGGUUGCGGAUAUAAACAGACAGCAAUGAUGUAGAGAGGAGAGUAAUUUCACUGUCUCGUUAAAGGACUUUGGUAUUCGAUGUGAAUCAUUGUUCAUCUUUGAUAUAGUGCAGUAAAAAUAGAAAGAAACUUUUUAUUUUUUAACCUCUCAGAAAGUCUAAUCAGCCACCGAGGGCACAGCCUGUAAAUCUAAGCUUUUACUGGAUAUUUGCCCUGUUAGAGUCGGGACUUAGGAUGAUAAAUCAGCUGUUUGGGCUGUGUUUGAAAAGGCUUAAAUCAAGCUCACUGUUAGUCGUAACUUUGGGUAAGCAUCUUUUAGAGCCCUCUAAAGCUCCUGUGAGAAGUUUUACCUUGGUUAGGAAGGUGAUGUCUCGAAAUGGCCCAUAAACGCAAACUAGACUAAGAGUGUUUGGUGUGGUCGGUGUCAGUAUCAACCGAAAAUAGUUCAAAAAGUAGAGAAAACAAAAAGUAACUUUGCCCCUUUUUACAAAAAUCAAAAUCAAUCAGAGUAUUCCACCAAACACCCAAUGUCAUUUAGACAUCUUUUUUCAGGGUAAAUCACUUCGGCCCAUCAUGGUCGUAACUUAGCCCAAAAAAAGACGUUGAAAACUGGGCUUCAUUAGAUGAUAGACGUUGUUUAGACAUUCGGUGAAGACAUUUCUUAAAUGUCUUUUCAACCACUUUUUGCUGGGUGGGAUAUGUCCAAAUGAGCCUCACAAUAUACAUCCCUAAACUGGACCAUCUGUAGACAUAUUGACAAAUCUUUAUUGUAACAUUUAAUGGCCAUAAAUGCUGCAAGAGUGAAGAUGGUAGGACGAUUUACAGCCCACUAUAGCUGGGCGAUUAAUUGGAUCUCAAUUAGGAUCAUAAUUACGGCUCCUCAUGAUCCUAAUUACAUGAUAAUCAGGACUGUUAUGUCCUAUACAUUACAUGAAGUGCAUCCUCCCCGGAGAGAGCGAUCACGAGCUAACGAGUGCAAGACUAAAAAAAAAAAAGAGGCAUCGUUCUAAAUCAUAAUUAAAUACAAGCCCAGGUUUUAAUGUUAUAAAAGACGUCGUAUAAAAGCUUGUAAAGGCUGAGUGAUUUGUUAGAUCUGAUUAAAUUUGCAUUUAAUUAGGCGAGUAAGCUCUCAAAGUGAAGUGAAUAAUUGAGGCACGGUCCCUUUCAAUAGUAGUAGAUGUGACUUUUUAGAUCAUCCAAUUAGACAAUCAGACAUGAGAAAAAAAAGUUAGACUUUUUCCACUUUGCGUUUUUUAAGAUUUAAAGGUUUUAAGUUGCCUAAAUGGGUGUGAUGCAGAUUUUAGAAAACUCAAUCAAGCAGCGCGACAGCCCAGUGAAGAAACUGUGCUCCAUGGCAUUUAUUUAUGACCCAGGGUGAGAUUUUUGGUCAAUAAAUACGGCUUACCCAUGUGCAGGACGUGAUAAAGCUAAUAUGAAGGAGAGAUCACCUUUGUCUACAGGGGGCGCAAGUUCCUUACGGUUGCUUUAAUGAAUCAACCUGGGAAAAUCCUUUUGAAGUCACAGUUUUCCCCCGGCCACCCCUGUGCCUCAGUCUAGGCCCCCUGGUCAAAGAAACUCCAGACACGCCGCUGAAUUAAUCCGUUAAUGAGUUCUUUUGCUUCUUCUCAUUCAGACGGGUUCAGGAAAGACGUACACGAUGGGGACAGGCUUUGAUGUCAACAUCAUGGAGGAGGAGCUGGGUAUCAUCCCCCGCGCUGUCCAGCAUCUCUUCAAGGGCAUCGAGGAGCGGCGCCAGGCCGCCCAGGAGCAGGGACGUCCUGUACCUGAGUUCAAAAUCAACGCCCAGUUCCUCGAGGUAAACAACGAGCUUCAGAGCAGAAUAAUUAACAUGUUCUUUAGCAUUUAAGUGACUUUUUUGAUCUUUAAUUAUGAGCUGAAAACUUCUAUCUCUAAGAAGUGUUAAGACCGAUUCUACAGAGAGGUCAGAGGUCAGGCUUAUAUUGUUGACACCACUCGUUUAACAAGCUUUGACAGCGGCGCUCCAUCAUUUUAAAAACAUCCACAGUGACAAUUGAACUGCAGCAGCUGUCAUCGGGGGGUUAGGAGGUGGAGGGGACGGUGCAGGAAUCUCAGCCCGGACAGGAGGUUAGCAGGAGUGAAGUGGCAGACAGUUGUUCUGGUCCGUCAGAGAGUGACAGAGUUCGAAUUCCUGCAGCCGACCUGGAAGUGGAGGAGAUGAGCAGAUAGGGUUAAUGUCAGACAUCACUUCUCAGAUUAUCUACAUAUUUCCUCUUACUCUGGUUAUCUCGCAUUUCCCCAGAUUUCUGCUGACUAAAGAGGAUGUAAAAUUCACUGAUUAAAUCCACGUUUUGACUUAAUUUCUGUAUGUUUGUGUUUCUCUGUGUAGCUUUAUAAUGAGGAAGUUCUGGACCUGUUCGACUCUGCUCGAGACAUGAAGCAGAAAUCACACAUAAAGAUCCACGAGGACGCCACUGGGGGAAUCUACACGGUCGGCGUGACCACACGGACUGUAUCCUCUGCGGCUGAGGUAAAGGAGUGACCUUCAAAACUGUAUUAUUAAUAUUGUGACACAUGUGCAUGAUAAGUACAAACAGGCUCAUCCAUUGGUUAUAAGAAGUUAUGACUGUGUUGGUAUUUUCCUGUGCUUUGGGUUUUAGAUGAUGCAGUGCCUGAAGCUGGGCGCUCUGUCCCGUACCACAGCCAGCACCCAGAUGAACGUCCAGAGUUCUCGAUCCCACGCCAUCUUCACCAUCCACCUGUGCCAAGUUCGCGUCUGUGCCUCCGACAAUGUCAGUCCAGUUUCAGUACGACCCAAAAAAAUAACAAAGUAAAGCAAAGGAUGACUGACAGUGUUUGUGUUUGUCGUUGUCCCUCAGCAAGAAGGUGAGACUGAUAACAGAGUCUCCAAUGGAAACUCCGAGAUGGACGAGUACGAGACGCUGACAGCCAAGUUUCACUUUGUGGACCUGGCCGGUUCUGAGAGGCUGAAGAGAACCGGAGCGACGGGAGACCGAGCCAAAGAGGGCAUCUCCAUCAACUGUGGACUGGUGAGAGUCCUUCACUCCUGCAGCGCUCUGUCACAUACACCAAUAGAAACACAGGAGUCUACUGCCAUCUAGUGGUAGAGUUUGUGAAGCUCUGUUCAGCUGGAAAACACUGAAAACCUGUAGACGGAUCUUUACGACUGCUAGUGGGCUGAUUGAUUUAAUAAAUACUGAAAAACAUGAGAGAGACAAACACUUAUCUUCACUGAUAAUGUUCAGUUUCUUCUACUGGUCUACUUCUGCAUGCCCAUCCAAGGUGAAAACUAUGAAAACUAUCUCUCUACCCUUAAACCAUAAACUUCCAACAAUAAACCAUAUCAGACUGAGAAACUGACUUCUACCUGGUCAAACGUCCAAAAUAAAAGUCACAGCUGAGAUGAUUUGGACACGUGUGUGGUUUGUUUUUGUUCCUACUUUAAAGUUUUUAUAGUUUCCAGUUUCAUUAUCUUGGCAUCAUCUUGUACUUGUCUUUCUUGCUGCAGCUCGCUCUGGGGAAUGUAAUCAGCGCUCUGGGUGACCGUAGCAAGAGGAGCUCACAUGUGCCUUACAGAGACUCCAAACUGACCCGACUCCUGCAGGACUCAUUAGGAGGAAACAGGUCGGUGCAUGACGUCUGAUUUAUCUCCUCCAGUACAUCUGUGUCAUUCUCUGCAGAUCCUUCCCAGACCUAACAGAUAUAUACUUUGUUCGCCUUUCAGCCAAACAGUGAUGAUCGCGUGCAUCAGCCCGUCUGAUCGAGACUUCAUGGAGACGCUGAACACCUUAAAGUACGCCAACAGAGCCCGAAACAUCAAGAACAAGGUGAUGGUGAACCAGGACAAGGCCAGCCAGCAGAUCAGCGCUCUGAGGACGGAGAUCGCUCGUCUGCAGAUGGAGCUGAUGGAGUACAAAACGGUGAGGACACAGGGGGAGUUGUUAGAAUAAACUUCAACUAGUUUCCUAAAUGCAAACAAACGAGCACCUCUUCAUUUCUCCUCCUUUUUGCAGGGCAAACGUCUGAUGGGCGAGGACGGCGUGGAGAGCUUCAGCGACAUGUUCCACGAGAAUUCGAUGCUGCAGACGGAGAACAGCAAUCUGAGGGUGAGGGUGAAGGCCAUGCAGGAGACCAUCGACGCCCAGAGAGCCAGACUCACUCAGCUGCUCAGUGACCAGGCCAACCAGGCCCUCGCCAGAGCAGGUGAGGACAAAUCCUGAGUCUGCACACUUUAAAGAGAUGGACAUGUUCAGUUUGGUUUCUCUGCUUUGACUUCAUUUUUAACUCCCUUUUUCAUAGUUUGUUGUGUUUUUAUUAGAUAAGAAGUUCACUGAUGUUAAAAUCUGUUUUCUCCUCCUUAAGGUGAAGGAGGAACUGAAGAAAUCGGAAACAUGAUUCAGGGUUACAUCAAAGAGAUCGAGGACCUCAGGUGAAUAAGUCUGACUGUUUAUGAUUUUCAGCUCCACAGAAUUUCUGUAAUUUUUCAAAUCAGAAUAUUUACCUCAACCAGAGAUGAGGAAAAGUCUAAAAUUUUGUGGAAAUUUUCCCCCGCAGAGCCAAACUCCUGGAGAGCGAGGCCGUGAACGAGAACUUAAGGAAGAAUUUGUCACGAGCCUCCAGCCGUCAGUCUUUCUACGGAGGACCCGGUUCCUUCUCCUCCACCAUGAUGGCCCCGGAGAAGGAGACGUCGGAUAUCAUCGAACUGGCCAAGAAAGACCUGGAGAGACUGAAGAAACGAGAGAAGAAGAAAAAGAAAAGGUACAAAGAGUGUUUAAAACAAACUGUAGUUACUUUACUGACAGAGCUUCGAUUGUCCGAUUGGUGUUGAGGGUGUCGGUGUGCAUACUGUCCGUCCGAAUGACUUCAACACUUAAAUUUCACUAAAUCAAAUCAGCCUCUUAUGUGUUAAAGAAAAAUCCAGAAGUGCCGCAAAAUAACUGAACGACCUGCAGGAGAUGAAGUGUUUGUGGUCAAAAUGUCCCCUCAUGUAGACGUUAAAGGGCAGAUCUGAUCUUGAAUUCAUUCAAACUUUUGCUUUAAAUCGGUUAUUCAUUCGUGUGUAGUUGUUUUUAACCUCAUAAACUCGACUCGUCUUUUCCCUUCGCCAAUCACAUGCAUGGAUUUGACACUCAGCUCAAACCUUAGCUGAGAGUUCUAGAUGUUGUGCAUGAGUAGAUGUUUUAUCUAAAUAUCUGCAGACCCUGAGAAACUGAAUAAAUGUGGUUUUAUGACCUCAUUCACAGACAGGAAUCGGCUGAUCGCAUACAAAUGUCAUAUUGUUAUACAUGCGUUUGUAUCAGGACAAAAACGCCUCACCGAGCUUCAGUGAUUCGAUCCUGGUGGACCUUCGUUAAGUCCAGUCUGGUUGAGUGGUGCUUUGGGGGGCACUUCACAGGUGGAUGAAAGGUGGUGUUUUCAGUGCAGAGCAUCCUCUGACCACUCUUCCCUCCAUUCUUCCUUCCUUCCUUCCUUCCUUUCCUCGUUCAUCUCUUGCUUCCUUCUCUCGUUUGCCCACCCUUCACCCCCCCCGAAGACUCCAGCAGCUGUUGGAGGAGAGAGAGAGGGAGGAAAGGGAGAAGGUGGUGGAAGAGGUUGAGGACGCCAGGUUUGUCAGAGCAUCCACCCUCCUGUCGGCCAUCCCCGUUUCCUUUGCUUCCCCCUAAUUCAGCUUUUUAUUUGACGUUUGGAUUAUUUUGAGCAGAUGUUUCCUCACCUGGAGUGAAACUGGCUCAUAGAAGCACCUUUCUUCCAUGAACACUGUUUUAUUCGACAUUUUAAAGCUUGAUUUUUCUUUUUUGGACCGCCCUCCAGCAUAUUUAAUGACCCCUCACGCCACAUUCCUGCCUUUUUUUUUUUUGCUUCCUUUAAAAGCUAAUCACCUUUUUUAUGGAUGUUGAAUAUGGAGCUACAAAAAUACGUUUGCUGAGGUCAAGGAAAGUUAACUUUUAUCACAGCUUUUCAGAUUAAAGGCAUGUUAAAAUGUUUUACAUGGGUUUGGAAAAUAAGAAAAAACUUUAAUAAAUAUAUCAGUUUUUUAAAAUGAGGUAAUCAGACCAUAAAUGUGACCCUCAGCACACAAGAAGAAAAUUUUAAUCAAAUGUUUUGGGUGUUUUGAACGAACUUUGCCGCCUGCUUUCUGGGCAUGAAGUAACUUUGAGAUGUUUAAAAGAAACUUUUUAUUAAACUGUAGAUUUUAAGAAAGUGAAAAGUCAAAAAGCAAAAAAGGGAUCUCUGAAUCUUUAAUUCUCUUCAGGUUAAGGUUUCUUAUUUGUACCCAGAGGUAGAUUUAUUUUGCAGUAAGCAUAAUAUCAAACUACAAAAAACAAGCAGAGUAAAUCAAACGACUGAAACACUCCAAACAGAAUAAAAAAUACUUUAACCUCCACUGAUGAAAUCCAAAGUGUGAGAGGAUAAAACCAGCUCUUAUGUGAUUAAAAAGAUAACCUCAGGAGUAUGAAACCAAAAUAAAAACGUCUUACAUCCGAGUGAGACUGAGAGCCCCACCAGAUUUUGAUUCUCCUUGCAGGUUUAACACCCACAGCCCUGUGCUGGUCCUGUUGCUCCAGCCUGUUGGUCUAGACCAGACUCUGGGAUAACAGAGUCCCAUCCUAUAACAUCAGACCUGCUCCUAUCCCAUCUCCAACCACAAGAGUGAAACACUUUGCAGCAUUUAUCAGGCAGAAACCUCGAGCAGGACCAGACUCAUCUGCUGAGACUGCAUUUGAGCUGUAUCUAUUUCAGGAUGAUGAAGAUUUCCCUCAUUUCUAAAAUAAUGAGUGUAAAAAGAAGUGCACGAGUCUAAUCCUUUAUUCAUGACAAACUUAACCUAAAGAUGUUUAAAAGUUGUGCCUAGGAUGAUAAAUCCUUCUCCUUCUUUUCUGUUUUAUUUCGUUCAGUUCCUCCUGAUGCCUUUAUGCCAGAAAAACACCACUUCAAUGUCGCUAACCCCCGUAUGCUUGGAUAAAAUAUUUAUCCAACAAAGUUACUCAUGUUUUGCAUAACCCUCCCAUGCUUUUUUUGCUCUUACUGGUUUUGUUCAGACCCUGAGACGAGUCCCUUCCCCUCCAAAUAAAAACUCCCUCAAACCCUGUUUUUUUAACAAACAAGUCAAAGCAGUUAAUAUCUGUGUUUAGCUGUGAAGUUCACCAGUUUAAAGAGUUUGGAAACAUGUAAAUGAUAUAUUUUCUCAAUUACCCAAAGUGUUUUCAAAAGGCUUGUUUGUCAAAAAGACAGUGUGAUUCCUUGAUGGUAACUCUGCUAUGCUUUUAUUUAAAGUAGAGAGCUGUGCCUACUAAAAGAUGUUAAACUAUGUCUUUAUUUCCCACAGAUGUUUUUUGGAGUGUGUUUAAAUGUGAGUUAAAACUGCAGUGGAGAUAAAUUACACCUCUGAUUUGUGGUCAUGUCUCUUUAUUUUAGUGCCAACAAGGAGGAAAUUCCCGACAACGAGCAAGAAAAGGGCACGGAGAAGGAGAUGACGGAGCGGGUCAACGAGGAGGCGGAAAUGGUACGAAGCGGAGACCACAAACUACAGAUUGAACUUAAUUUCUAAGAUAAUGAAUCAUUGGUGUUUUUUUUAUCCUAGGAGGUCCAGGAAGGCAGUGACCAUGAAGAAGCCGAGGAGGAAGAGGAGGAGGAGGAAGAGGAGAUGGAUGUGGAGGAGAGCUCAGAUGACUCUGACUCAGAGUCAGAUGAGAAAGGUUGGAAUUAAAGCCGGCAUGAAGUCGCUGUUAUUCACUCCUACCUUUUAAACAGAACCUUUUCAAUCACCACAGGUAACCACUCUUCCUCCUCCUCGAAUAUUACCUGUGGUGUGCCACAGGGGUCAAUUUUAGGCCCACUUUUAUUCUCUGUUUACUUGCUCCCCCUCGAUAGCACCAUUCAUCAUCACAAUGUACCUUUACAUUGUUAUGCAGAUGACACACAGAUAUACCUGCCAAUGGAAAAAAAAAAAAAAAAACAGCCUUUUUUUAUUCAGUUAAGAUCCAUCCCCAAGAAUUAAUCAAUCCAGUACCAAGCAAACCUGGAGAAAGUUCUUUAUGCUCUCUUCUUCUCUCCGUUAGUUUACUGUAACGCCCACCUCUGAUCACUUUUAAAGCUCGUCGGACAUAGUGAUGCUGACGCCAUAUGAGAUCCUUAGGUGAUGCCCUGCUGGUCGUUUGAAAGUGGAGGCUGAAAUCUAAAGCAGAUCGAGCUUUUUUCCAUCAGAACCCCUCAACUCUGGGACCACCUCCCUGAGGAAAUGAGACGUGCAGAAUCAGAGACAUCUUUGAAAUCUUUUCUGAAAGCUCACUUUAACAGACUUGUUUUUAUGUGAAUUUACCUUUAAGCUACUUUUCAACUUUAAGUUCAUUUAUUCUGAAAACUCAUAUUUUAAUGUUUUGGUUUGAGGCAUCUGUUUGCCCACCUUCAUUUAAUCCCCUACUGUCUGUCUUUUGAUCACAUUAAUUUGUUCAUUUAUUUGUACCUCACUGCCCCUCAUCCUCUAAUCUCUUUUCACUCUGAUGUGAUGUCGUCUACCCUUUUUCCUUUUUACCUUUCUUUCUCUUGUCAUUUUCUUUUUUUUUUCAUCUUUUGUGAAUCUUUAUUGUCCUCUCCAUUACUCAUGAUUUAUUUCUGUAGAUUUUGUGGAUUUUAAAUGUCCACAAGGGGGAGCUGUUCAGUCACAAACACAAGCCAACACUUCAUAAUGCCAUCCUGAACUACAGUGAUGUUUCACAGCAACUAAUAGCAUGUGCGCAGGGAUUCUGGUCUCUGAACUGAAGUGGAGGAUUUCCAUAAAUCCAUUAGACCAGAGGACAGUUUUUCUACUUUGUAUCAGUCCAUCUUGAAAAGCAAUUUUAAGCCCAUGCAGUGAUUUCCACUACAGAGACAUAAUUAUUUUUAAUGGUGCCAUCGUAAGGCCAAAAAUAAUCCUCAUUUUGCGUCCGCAGCAUCACAGUUAACAUCAGUCUGAACUGUGUUUGUCAAACAGAGAACUUCCAGGCCGACCUGGCCAACAUCACCUGCGAGAUCGCCAUCAAGCAGAAGCUGAUCGACGAGCUGGAGAACAGCCAGCGGCGUCUGCACACGCUCAAACAGCAGUACGAACAGAAGCUGAUGAUGCUGCAGUGCAAGAUCAGGGACACGCAGCUGGAGCGGGACCGCGUCCUCCAAAACAUGAGUAAGAACGGGGUCACAGCGAGGACAUGGUCAUGUAUGAGAUCACUUUAAACAUUUUACUCAGUCUUAAAAGUAAAGUAUAUUUUAGUUUAUGUCCUAUUUUUAUUCUGAAGAAUUUAUAUCUCAGCCACAUGACAUAAAAGAAACUCAAACAAAAGCCCAGACUGAGUUAAUGUUCUUCAGAGGGUCCUUUAAAGUUAUCUUCUCCAGCAGACAGAGUACGACAGCUGCAUUUAUGUUGAUCAGCACUAAUGGAUGAAAGCUGGAGCAGAGUUAAAAGCAUGGAAGAGUUUUUAGAAGAAUAAAAGAGGCUUUUUGACAGCUGCAGAUCAGGGUCUCUGACUUUGAGAGGAAGAGACGUUUGAGCUUCAUCAUACGUCUUUAUUUAAAUGUUUGUUUUCUGUCCUUGUUAACUCUCAGCGUCAGUCGAGAGCGGGACAGAAGACAGGUCUCGUAAAAUCAAGGCGGAGUACGAGAAGAAGCUGAGCGUCAUGAACAAGGAGAUGCAGAAGCUCCAGUCUGCGCAGAAGGAGCACGCCCGCCUGCUGAAGAACCAAUCACAGUACGAGAAGCAGCUGAAGAAGCUCCAGAUGGACGUGGCGGAAAUGAAGAAGACGAAGGUGCGUUUUGUGACGUGGUAUAAUCAGUGUGUGUCAUAAUCCUCUCCUAGAUAGAGGUCACAGUCCUCAACAGUGACCCAGUUUGGACUCUGACCCUCUUGGCCUUUUAUUACGUAUCAUUAGUCAGUAGUCAUUAUCAUUAGUCACUCACCUCUUCCAAUAUUACUGACCUUUUUCACUCCUACGACCAAUGAAAGCAAAAACGUUUUGAUACGACAGGAAGAGAAUCCAUCACCAAUCACUACCACUCCUCCUGGAUAUGUGUAGCUUUAAUAGAAAUAUUGUCUAUGUUUUUUUUUUUUCCAGGUCCGCCUCAUGAAGCAGAUGAAGGAGCAGCAGGAGAAGAACAGGAUGAACGAGUCUCGCAGGAACAGAGAGAUCGCCUCUUUGAAGAAAGACCAGCGCAAACAGGAGGUCAGUGACCCCCUGAAGUCUGCUUCAGCCUGAUGAACGAUUUAACAUCCUAAUCUGUCUAUAGGGCUGUGCAAGGUGACCCAGAUCUCAUAUCCUGAUACUUUUAAAUAAAGGUUGAGGUUAACUCAUUCAGUGCCAGGUUCAUUUGUGCAAUUUUCGCCCAGUGCCGCCAUUGACCGCAAUAGAAAUUUCAGUAUUUUUCAGGACCCACAGAAUAUCUUGUACCUGGACUAAAAUUAUGUGCAGUAUCUCAAAGGAAAGGGGUAAUUCUCUUCUUUCACCAGAAAAAAAAUAGUCUCUAACCGACUCCUGUGUUUAGUUAAUUGAUUUUUUGCAAAUUACCUUAUCACAUAUAAUAAGAUAACAAUAUUUUUGUUCAAAAAUCUGGCGAAAAAACUGGUUGUUUGACUUCAUUCUUGCUCGGACUGCACAAAAGGAAAGUCCCAGGUUUGAGUCUGUUGUGGGUAAUGGUUCAGAAAUCUAAUCACCUUGUCUCUUCAAGUCUUUUCUUCUCAUGCACAGACUGAGAAGUUUUAAUACCCUGUUUUCAAUCUUGUUAAAUUACUCUUUCCCGCGUCACAGCACCAGCUGAAGCUGCUGGAGGCUCAGAAACGACAGCAGGAGCUCAUUCUGCGCAGAAAGACCGAGGAGGUGAGCAGCAGCAGAUGGAUGUGAAAUUGUGUUGAUGCAUUAUGCAUGCAGAUCUGCAUUAUGUAUGCAGAAAUACCCGUGGUCUUCACUCAGCGCUAAACCUCCUACUCCUCCGUUUGCCAUGUGUGUCAGGUGACGGCUCUGAGGAGGCAGGUCAGACCCACCUCAGGAAAAGUCGUCAGGAAGGUCAAUCUGCCAGAUCCAGUCCAGGACUCGCCCCACAGACCUCCAUCUGGGCGCAUGUACUCCUCCGGCAACGCUGCUCCCAACGGCACUCGGUCAGUCUGCAUUAAUGUUACUGCAUAUGCAAAUGAGGGAGGCUCACAUGGGUCUCUUUUCUUACAUAAUCCUUUACAGACCCUUUUGUGAACUCCUCUCUAAAUGUUUGACCUCGCAGGAGUCAAUCAAACUUCACUCCUGUUGUUGAUACCUUGUGUGCAGGUUGUCCUACAGGCGCACGGCAGGCAUUUACUCCACCAGAGUAGCUCGUAAUAAAUGGCAGUCUCUGGAGCGGCGAGUCUCUGACAUCAUCAUGCAGCGGAUGACCAUCUCCAACAUGGAGGCCGACAUGAACCGCCUCCUCAAGGUAAAGCUAUGGUUCUAUUCGAGGGUGACUAUAUGUCCUCUUUUACCUGGACAUGUCCUCUUUUUGGGCGGCUUUGUCAGAUAAAGUUUAUAAAAUCCUUCAAAUGUCCGUGGUCACGUGGACUUACUGAGUCAGAAGCACGUAAAAGACGCUUGAUCCAACCUGAAAAACUCUUGAAAUAAACUUUGUGCGUCUCCGUGACUCUGCCCCCACGUAGUCAUGUCCCCUUUUUGGGAAGUCAGAGUAUGGUCACCCUAUUCUGUUCUCUGGUACCAAUGAUAAAAUGAGGCGUGUUUUUCUGAUUUAGAGGCACGACUUUUGUCAUUUAUGAGCAGCCGGUAGAGCCAACAUAACGACUCAAUCACGGCGAUCGCCUAAACUGCCUUAAAGUUUGGAGAAAGUGUGUUUGGAGAAAACAGCCAGAAACGUUACUUUUUAUAAGGACUUGAUUUUGAACAUAUAACACCAGAAUUACCAAAACCCCAAUACCGUAAUGACCCAAAUAGAAUAGUUUUUUUUUUUAAAUAAAAAGUGGGAUUUUCUUACAUAUGGGGUUUGGUAAACAUUGAGAUUAUUGAUGACAUGGUGUUAAUGUAUUUACAAUAUCAGCUAUAAAAGAAAAGCAAUAGAAUGUAGCAGUUUGCUGUAAAAUCCACUCGAUGUGUGAGACAGGCAGCCUUCAGCGUGACUGUGAGCUUUGAUUAAGUUAACAAUAAAAUAAAUGUAUUUUUUACCAUGAAACUUGUUUUGACAUUUUUGGGUCUUUAAUUACAUCUUCAAAGUCAUAAAAGUAAAACAUUAAAUUUGACUUUUAAAACGGUGCAAGAACCCUGGGUGAAACACACCGUCUCACUUAAAAGAUUGGUGUGUAAUCUGUGAUAAUAAAGGUGUGACUUUUAAUGAAAUAGUGUCAUUUCUGUUGCUAGCUUACUGCGCUACAUGGAAGCUAACAUCUUUGUUUUGGUCCGUUGACCAAUCAGAGGCUGCACAGUGAUCAGCUGACCUGUAAAGGUCCAAUCAGAAAUGAAGACAGCCUAAAACAGAGGCCAUAGUUUGUUCUCAGUAUUAGACAAGAAACAAUAAACUUUUAAAAACUUUUAAAAAGAUCCAUCUGCGCUCUUUCUGCAUACCAAACAUGGGUGCUUUAUUUUUUUUAAUGAAGCUAUUAUUAUUUUAAAUCAAACUUGCUCUCUGUUCAAAAAACUAGUUUGGUCCUCUUCAGAAAAAUCGCCUGAUGUUUUGGUUGAUACAGAAAAAGAACAAAUUUGCACUUUAUAUUCUGUAAUUGUUUUGCUCAAAUUUAUUCAGUUUUUUCCUGCUAAGCCUGCACAGUUAGAUAUUAAAAAAGAGAUACACCAGAGCGCACAGAGAUGAUGUUAUUGGUUCAAGUUGAAACGACAUCGGAGGCACUUGAGAGGAUAUUUUUGGCAGGUGUCUGUGAAGAGGCUGUAAAAUGUUUGAGUCAGAUUUUUGGCCUCUGAGAAGUGAGAGAGAAAACGCUACCAAACCCUGACAUCGGAGAUCGGAGGAGGUUUUAAUCGCUGCUAUGUCAUGCAUCUGUUGUGUGAAUCAUCAUCAGAGGGCAACCUAAAUAUAACCUGAACGAAGGAGUCUAUUCAGUCCUCCUUUUGAAUAAACCAACUCAACGUCUCGGCUCGAUUAUCACGCCAGCGUCGGUGUGUUUGUGUCAACAGCAACGAGAGGAGCUGACCAAGCGUAAAGAGAAGGUGAUCAGGAAGAGGGACCGGCUGGUGAAGGAGGGGUCAGAGGCGGAGAAGGCGAUGCUUCCUUUAAACGAGGAGGUGGACGCGCUGACGGCCAACAUCGACUACAUCAACGACAGCAUCGCAGACUGUCAGGCCAACAUAAUGCAGAUGGAGGAAACAAAGGUGAGACAGGAGAAGUCACAUAUCUAGAUAAUGGCAUUAUUUUCUUCACACCAGGUCGCUGACUCUGUUUCUUUUCCAGGAGGAAGGCGACACCAUGGACGUCUCUGCUGUGGUCGGUUCCUGCACCCUGACUGAAGCUCGUUUUCUGCUGGAUCACUUUAUGUCCAUGGCUAUCAACAAGGUACCAGCACUUAAAGCAGUCUGUAACUCUGUGACUGACUCUUUUUCAGCAUCAUACUCCUUAUCAGGGACCGCAGAAAACUAAAACCUCAGGUCUUUGAGUGACCCGAUCUUUAACAUCUGUGGUCUAAAUUCUUCAGGGUCUCCAGGCAGCUCAGAGAGAGUCUCAGGUGAAGGUGAUGGAGGGCCGGCUGAAGCAGACAGAGAUCACCAGCGCCACGCAGAACCAGCUGCUGUUCCACAUGCUGAAGGAGAAGGCCGAGUUCAACCCGGAGCUGGACGCGCUGCUGGGGAACGCUCUGCAAGGUAACGGCGCUAAUUGUUUGGGUUACGGUGUGAAGAUGUGGAGAUGAGGACCCAAAACACGAACCAGACCCCUGAUUUAACCCAGACCACCUCCUUAGGUGUCAGUAAUUCUUCUGAUUCUGGCUUAUUUGAAUUUAGCUGGAUGUCUUUUCACGCCUUUGAGGAGGUGGACUGGGUUACUGGUCAGAUGCAUGAUGGGGCCUUUGGAGAUGCUCUUGCCUGUUGCCUUCUGCUGAAUAAAGGCUGGCCAAGCUACUAAAAAAACUAAAAAUGAGACAGCAAACAAAGUCUGGUACAAAGAUCGUGAACCUUAUGUAGAAAAAAAAAUGCAAUUUUCUCAGUGAAGGUGGAGAAUUUCACCAAAUUUGUACGACUAAAUGUCAUCCCUGUCUCAUGUUUGUGCCAGCUUCUGCUCAGUAGGAUGCUCUUGUUUACAGUAGCUUCACUUUAUUUUCCUUUGUGUGUUUCAUUUCAGUAUUUUGGGGGACUGUGUUUUUGAUUUGUGCAUUGCCUCUUUUCUGUUCCCCCACGUUUUUCUUUUUUUGUUUUCUUAUGUUUUUACAGAGCUAGGUAACAUCCCAGCCGGUAAGUGAAACCACAUUAGACUCUUAUCUGGAUGCAUGGUUCCUUCCCUUUGCACUUUGAAAACUAACUGAACGUUAACAGGUGCAUGAGGUGCAAUGCAACCAGGCUUUCCUCCAUCUGUCCGCUGACCUCCCUCCUCCCACCCCCUCAUCUGGAUACACUUUACCUCCUCCUACCUGCUCACUUUGUGCUACAGCCUUCAUGCUUUAGCACCCUGCUAACUCCUGACCCUUCCACAGGAGCCAUACAACGUGGAUGUUUUAGCUCUGUCCGACCCUGUAGGUCAGCUGACCCCAUCUGGAGCAACGGACUAAUGAUUCUUUACACCUCCCCACCUUGUUGUCUCAUAUUGGACUCCUCUACCUGUCCCAAACUUGUCCACACAUCUCUCUUUAUAACCUUCACCACCCAGCCGCUGUCUGACCUCUGACUUUUUUCAAUCCAUCUGAUCCCAUUGAGCUCAGUGAGGACCAAGUUUUUGUUUGUGGAUAAAACAGCAUGGCGCUGCGCUGACACCACCCUCGUCUGCUGCAGUUAUUCAUCUUUUCAUGUCCAUUUUGCGCAGCUUUUCAAAGAUAAAGUUAAAUAAUCGCCUCAGUGAGAGACGACAAAACAAUGAGUUACAGUGUAAUCAGACAAGCUGUAUUUAGAAAGAAUUAAAAGUGACAUAAGUGUGAUCUAGCACUGUUGGCUGACAUGGUUUUCUCUCUGGUCUGAUACUAUUAUUGGUCUCAUUUGACAGAGAAUGGGGAUGACAGCAGCAGUGAUGAGUCAGCACAGAGCCCGUCUGCGGAGGGAAAGUAAGUUUAAGUUAUUUUUGGGUUAUGUCUCAAUGUUUCAUCUUAUGUCAGUCGUAAAUGUAUCAUGAUUUGUGAUGUUACAGUAUGUUAGGUAAAAUUUCUAUAUCUUAUAUCGGGCCAUUAUGUCAUUUCAUGUCAUGAUAUAUAGUACAAUUUAGUUUCACAUACGACAUGUAAAGUGAUGUGAUGAUAUAUUAUAUGAUAUUAAGUGUCAUGAUGAAAUAUAUCAUUGUAGGUCAUGCCAUGAUAUGUCACAAAAAUAUAAUGUUUCACAUAUGACUAUCCAGCGAUAUGUCAUGUCAUGUGAUGUCAUAUUACAACAGGUUAUUUCAUUUAUGUUAUUAUGUUAUAUUUAUUUUAUGUUAUGGUACGUUAGGUCAUGAUAUGCAAUGUCAUGAUAGGUAAUGUGAUUAUAUGAUAUGUCAUAGCAGGGUCUGUCAUGAUAUUGUAUGCUAGGUCAUCGUAUGUAAUGUCAUGAUAUGGCAUAUCACGAAAUGUUUGUGAUAUGUUGUGUUAUGUCACAUGUCAUGACCUAUUGUGUCAUAUCUUACAUGUAUGUCAUGAUAUAGUAUAAUUUUAAAUGUUGUGCUACACCAUAAGUUGCAUGUGUUGAGUCAUGACAUGUCAUGAUAUGGUUUAUUAUGUCAUGAUAUGUCAUGUAUCAUCACAUUAUCAUAUGUCUUGUCAUGUUAUGUCUUUCAUGUCAUGACAUAUAAUACCAUUCUUUGGAUUAUUGUGUGAUGUUAUUUUAUGAUAUGUUGCUAUGGUGUCAUGAAAGUUGAUGUUAUGUUACAGUAUUUUGUGCAAUGUCUUGGUAUGCCCUGAUAUGCCAUGAUAUAAUUUGUUUACUUUUUAUUUUACGCAGAGUCUUGUUUUUAUUUGGUUGUGUUUCAUCAAUCUGAGUUGUUACAUGUCAAGAACUAUUGGUCAGAACUGUAUAUACUGUGGUAUACUGUCUUUUGGUUGGGAAGGUUAAGUUACUUUCAAUUCCACUCAUGAAUUUAUUCAUCCACUACAGCACCUUGGCAACAGAUCUCAUGAAACUCUGUGGGGAGACCAAAACAAGAAGCAAGGUAUGAAAGUGUCUUAUCAUGUUGGAUGGUCUUGUUUCUCGGCAAACUCUAGUAUCUAAAUGAUGACUUAUGUCGCUGUACAGGCCCGUAGGAGGACCACCACCCAGAUGGAGUUGCUGUAUGCCAACAGUGACUCCGCCCCCGAUGCCCCCACUGCAGACUUCUCCAGUCCGAUGCUGCCGUUGGCUGAAACACCUGAUGGUGGCGGUGACAUGGACUCAUCAGGCUCAUCAGUCAGGGACUUCACAGCUCUCUCCCCCGGCUUUUCCUCUAAAAUGGGCAGCAUGUAAGUCCAGGGCUGACACUCUUUUCCUAACACAAUAAUUAAUUCCUUUCUUCCGUCCUGCAUGUUUGAUGUUGCUGCUCCAUCCUCGGCUGUAGUUAAUUUUUAUUUCACAUUAUUCAUGAGCAUCCUGACAUCUAUCGGUCCUGCCUUUCUUCUCCUGAUGAGUCCUUUGAAGAGAAGCAUGUAGAGACGAGCCACCGUAAACACUUGUAUUGCUUAUGUAUUACCUCCUUCCCGCAAUGGCUGCUUUUUUAUCUCCUUAAACCAGCUUAUGCAGCAGAGAACUACAUCCCAUUAACUGGCCUGUGAAAGACAGUCUAGGUGCAUACUGACCUGUUUGUAAAAAGUGCCUUGGCUUCCAGUUAUCCUUCAGAAAUGUAUUUUAGUAUAGCAAAAAAAAUCGACUCAGUGUCUGUAGUAUUUAAACAUGAGCUUGGCGGAGAACCACCUCAGUUUUGGGACUUGAAACGUCAGGUAACUGUGUUUCCGUGUGCGCUCCAUCUUCUCAUUGUGUUUGUUUCACAUCCUUCUGUUGUUUCAUUUUUAUUUCUGUGUCGUCUGUGUAUAAAUGUUUGUAACUGAACGAUCAGUUCUGGCUCCAGAACUUCGCCGGGGCUGGAGAAGCGAGCUCCGGAGCCCUCCCCGCUCUCUCGCAGGAAGACCUAUGACAAGUCGCAAGCGGCGUCCGACAGGGCAAAGGUCAAGGAGAUAAAACAGUAAGAGCUUGCUGCCGACAUUGUGGCUGCAAGGCCGGACAAAAAGCAGAAUAACUUUGAUUCAGCAUCACUAAUACUCCUCCUCCUCCUCCUCUUAGUUUCCUGCUUUGGAGACGCAUGUAAUCUCAGCUAAAUCAAAAGUGCUCUGCGCCUGGUGUGAUGACCUUUGAUCUGCAAAGUUUUACGCUGAAUUUCGAGUUAUAUCCUUACUAACAAACCAGAGUAUUAUGUCUCUCUUUUGAGGCAUAAUGGGGAUGCUUUCUUUUAAUUCCUUGUAGUUUUGACUCGAAUUCAGUGUUCAACCUGCUAAUCAGCCUCGACCCUCUGCCGCUCACCUAAACACACAGAGGUAGCCCCUGUUCUUUCCCUUUCCAUGUCUUAUCAGUCGAUUCAUGUGAGUGAGACUGAAAUGGAAAAACAUGCUGAGUUAACUCUUCCCAUAUACUUUGCAUUCUCUGUUUAAACCUGUCCCGUUAAAGUAUAAAUUUACAACCUUAAAACGUUCACUUUACUGCAACAUGCAUGGUCGGUGUGUGACGGCAUGGAUGCUGAAUAAUGCUGCAUUUAAUGUCGCAUGGAAAAGCCAGCCGCCAGUUUAGAUUUUCUGGUCUCCAAAAGGAUGUGUGGUGUGGUUUCACGCUCCUCUGAGGUGCUUCUAGCAGGUUGUAAAAAGGAAGACAAAACAGAUGUUUCCAUAUGAGCGACAGAAGCAAACCAGAGCGGAUCAGAAAAAGUGAUUUACAGCGCACUUCAGAAAACAGCUUUUUUUAUAUUCCUCUCUGCAAAAACUCUGUAAACAGCCAGGAUGAGAUCAUUUAUCAGAAAACACUUGAAAUGCAUGCUGAUCAGGACCCCUCAGAGAGAUGAGAGGUUCGGUUUUGUCAGGAAGGGGGUCCAAAUUCAACACAAACUCAAAGUUCCUGGUGGGAGUUCAAAAAAAUCUGCAUACAGAACAAAUGAUCACAGCUUUUUUUUGUGAUUGCUGUUCUUUAUUCCCAGAUUUUUCCUCAUUUAUCCCUCACUGUAGAGACCUGCAGGUGUGCACCGGUUUGAUGUGACACACUGACUGAAAGAGGAAAAAAACUGGAAAGGAAUUAAAUAUAAAAAUGGCAGUACUAUGUGUUUAUUUUAUUUGUUUAUGAUUUUAAACUAUCACCCAAAUAGCUAAAAAAAGGCUGGCAAUUUUCUGUGUGUGAGGAGGGCAGCAUUUGAAAUUAACCGUAUUGAAGCCAAAUUUAAGAUCUGAGAACUUGAAACAGAAAAUCAGGAUUUGUCUCAAGAGUGCUCGGCUUUUUGCUUCUCUUUUCUCCCUAGUUAAAGGGGAAAAAACUGCUAAUUAAAUGCAGUCGAUGGAUUAAACUAAAGAGCAGUCUGAGAUUUUGGAGCAGAGGAUGUUUAUUGACUGAAAAAUGGACGGUUUGUUUAUUUAGGUGGACUGAAUGCUCUCCUUAAAACAAAUUUACUGGUUCCAGAUUUGAUUUUUAUUUUAGAGAAAUUACCUCUUGGGUUAUAAAUGAGUAGAUGGUAUUUAUAAACCACACAGAUCAGCAAACCUCACUAAAACCGCUUCUAUGGCUUCACGUGGGUUUGAACACGUGACAAUUUCCCCGUCAAGCUGUCCUCACAGUUUCCCCCGUACCACGUAAACGCAGCAUAUGCGUCUCCCUUCUGCCCUCAUGCAGUCCUCCCACACUCCUGCCACCAGUGUGUAAACAGCUCCGCACACUCACGUUAAUUAUCCCGCUGCUUAAUUGGCAGCCCUACUGUCUCCCUUCACAGUCCAGCCAUCAGGAACCUGAGCUGCAGCCCACCUCCCCCUCUGCCUGUCCCAGGAACCAAACCAUACGGCAGCCAUGUUUAGCCGUAAGACAGGGUGUGUGGAGCGAACAUCCUGCAGGUGAAAGAAGAAGAGGCGAUGAGUUAAAACUCUCAAAAACCUGGGAGAGAAGCAGAUAAGAGUCAAGGAGAGAGGGUGAGGGUGAGCAGGAACUUUGAUACUGAUACAGGCUUCAGAGGAAGAUUGACAGUGUGUAUCCAACUAGUGGUAUGAUACACACUGAUCUGCACAUGCAGUCUUUGCAUUAUUUCAGAUCUAUGAAUUGAAACCAAACACCAGUAUAAACUAGAACUUGAUAUUGGAUUAUCCAUCACAAUAACAUACUUUUCUUCCUGUUGUUGCGUACACUUCUUUAAAAGUCAGCCGACAGGGAGGAUCUUUAAUCCAAGAAAUAUAAAUCCCCCCUCCUCAUUAAAUCCUCGUGCGCUUCUGGAUUUGAUUUCCUGAUGAGACACCGGCCGUAGAUGCAAAUUUUUAUUGACAGACAGCUUAUAAAUCAAGACUUUAGCAGCUUGAUGAUUAAGAGCACCAAGGAAGUGAUUUGUAAAUAUGUAAAAGGAUUUCUAAACAACAAGCAGUAAGACACAAGAGGCAGGAGCGGAGUUUUUGUUUUAUCCACAUUUAACAACAGAAAGAGAGGGAAACAAAGAUCAGACUAAAAGAACUAUAUGUAUAAUGUUACUGCGUAAAAAUGUGGUUUAAAAUAUAAAAACGCUUAAUAUUAAACAAGCUAUGUUAACUGUGUGAUUACCUGCAAAAUAAAACUAGUGUGACAACUAAUGGUUGUUUUUGGAAACUAGUAAGAUGAGAGUUCAGGCGGGGCGGCUUCAGCCGUCACACUCGGCAUCAACGAAACAUCAUUUUUCCGCCAUGUUGAUGAAAAAUAUGAUUCUAAAUCAGCCGCAGAAUUCAUGACCAAGUUUGGGAGUUAUUUUUCCAACAUGAGCAGGCUUAACGCGCACUGACCGACUCCACAUGAGUGCAGAAUGAUAGCUGAGAGCGAUUUUAGUGCUCUAACAAAGAAUACACAUGGUUAACUUUCAGUAACAUGUCUUAUAGGGCUGGGCGAUAAACCGGAAAUUUACAGAUACUGAAAUUUACAACAAUAACCAACGUCAUUUUACCGAUGUGAAUAUAUUCAGUGUCAAACAAACAAAUAAAUAAAAGUUGGUUUUGGAUGUGUGUAGGUAGGCUAUGGUCUCAUGUCCCUUUAAGAGGCUGUCCUACAUCAGAGACGUGACUCCACCCCAUCCAGUCCAAAACAAAGAGGAGGAGACAGGUGAGGAGAUGGAGGAUGGUUCAAAGGUUGGAGCAGCUGGAGCGGCGGUUGAGGCAAUAUUUUCUAUUUUUGCAUCAAUAAUAAUGAAGAGGAAAUAUCAGAGACAGAAAUGGGGGUAAAACAUUGUAAAAAAAAUUUAAAAAAAACGCUUAACCAUGAAACUGGUUAAAAAGACUUAAAUCCACCUGGAAAAUUAGGAAAAACAGUAAAAGUCAUAACAAUCAGAUGAUUAAAAAACAAAAUGUUAUUAGUGAGUACUGCCUUUAAGUGGAUUGGAGGAAUUGUCUGAAGGAUUAAAACACACUUGAGUAUAUUUGAAAAGACAAAUGUGUUUUUAAAAGAAGAUAAAGAGGUUUAAUUCUGAUCUUCUCAGAAAGGUUGUUGCAGAGGAUUGGGGCUGAUAACAAAGAGAUUUAAAAAAACACUCAAAAAAGGUCAAAGUGUUUCCUGAUGGUUUGGAGUCUGAUAACCAGCUAAAAUCCCUCUCAUAUUGAUCCGAGAAUCAUGGACACUAGUCUUUCUCCAAGGGGAGCGAGUUUCUGCCUCGGGUUGAACUAAGGUGUGAGUGUUAAAAAAGAAGAAAGGAGUAAAUAGUGGGUCUCUGAUACUCUCUUCCUCCUUCAGUACAGAUGGAUGCUGUCACCUGUCUUCAAACCACACCCUCCGCGCCGCUACUCCUCCUCUUGCCGACCCUCCCAAGUACAACUCUAAAUGUUUUUUUAACCUCUCUCUCUCAGGGUCACUAAAAUGUCACUUUGGUGUGCAGGGAAGAGGGUGGAUCUUAACCCAGACACUCCAGGUGUGGCUUUAACAUCUCUGCCUAACACAUCUGAACACUUGAAGCUGAUUUCCUCUUAACAGACUUGAUUAAAACAGUGAAUGGAUUUGUAAUCAGGGAUUGACAGAUAUUUAUUCGUAAUCCUCUCGUCUCAUUAGCCCUUUUUUUAUUAUCCCUCUGACUCCUCUAUUCUGCACACACAAGCCUUUGAGAGCUCAUUUUCAUUAUCGGCGUCUCGAUCUGCUGUUCGCCGUCAGCUCGUCCUUCUGCUCUGAUACUGAUAGCUACAACUGCGGUGGAGAAAAGGCGUUUGACAUUUACACUACCUGACGUCAAUUUGUCAGCAAGCGCAGCCAAUCAGUGAUCGAUCAAGGUUAAUGUGGUGCUUAUUGGCUGCCGGUCCCUAAAGAUCGGACAGCACUUGUUUCAACGAUCACCUGUCUUUGUCUUGUUGGUUGUUUUUUUUAAUCCGUUGAAGGCCGGAGAAGCUUUUUAAAGAGGUUAUUUUUAGACUGUGGUUUCUUUUCUUUGGAACAAUGACUCUGACUUUUAAAACAGCUGUCUCCUCAUUUUUCUUCGCUGACAUCUCUUUCUAUUCUCGGUUUGCAGCAUCGUGCUAAUCAGCCACGAAAGCUGCAUGCUGUGCAUGAUUCUGGUGGUGUGGGUGUGAUUUAUUUCUGUGCUGCGCUCUGAUUAUUAGGCAGUCUUGUGUCUACGCUGCUUCUAUUCACAGUGUUACUCGUGUGUGUUUUCUAGGGGCGUCAUCAACCCUGUGCCGGCCACCAAGAGCAGCCGCUCAGCCACGCUGCAGUGCGUCCACGUGGCAGAGGGUCACAGUAAAGCUGUGCUGUGUGUGGACUGCACUGAUGACCUCCUCUUCACCGGAUCCAAAGGUUAAUAACACCCACAAUCACCCCUCCAUCCAUCCAUCCUCCGCUCUCCCUCAUCAGUAUUCCUCACGUGUCGGCCUGUUUCACCGGCGAUGGUAAUUUAUUCCACUUUGACAUGCUCUUAUGCUGUUAACAGCAGAUCAAACCUGACAGGAUUAAUGGAGAUUGGCAUGUGCACCGUGUGUAGAUAAACGAGAAGUGGAAGUGAAAUCGACAUCGCACAUACAGUGAAAGUGGAGAAGCUUUCUAUCAUUAUAAACGGCAGUUGAUGCAUUGGCAAUCAACUGGAGUGAAUUGUUCAUUUAUCCCCCUGGAGCUGUUAAUUUAACGCCUCUUUGGUGGAGACGGCCGUGUCCAGACGUGGUCAAAAUAUCUGUCUGCUCCAGCUGAUAUAGUCCCACCAUGGCCUGUAAAUACACAAUCUGGAAAACCAGUGUCUUUUGUUCAGUCAGGAGCUGAAAACACAUCAGCUGUAAAUAAUCUGGAGGUCCAUCACACUCAAAGUGGACUCAGCCAUGCAGUCUCCUUCUCAGGUUACAUUAAAGACACAUUAAUCUCACUCGUUCAGCCUCUUUUGUUUAGUUUUAUUACCGUUCACUCAUAAAUCAAAAUACAGCCUCGAUAGUCGAUAUCGCCACUGCAGCUCUGAUACAUUUCACCCUAACACGUUAUCAUAUUGGUGUGAUUAGUCUUCACAUUAUAUCACAAGAGGCAGCUCCACAUAUGUACAAUCAGACAUGCACAUACUGUGUCAUUUUCCACCGUACAUCACGAUCUCCUCGCUCCCCAUCCUAAGGCUAAACGUCUUAACUCCGCCAUUAGUCCUUGGUGUGUUACAUAUUGCAGAUGAGGCGUAAACAUCCAACCUUGAAAUGGUGGUAUGCACACACCUUUAGUAAUGACUUGCAGCUCUAACGUCAAACACAGGAAGCUGACUGUGUCUCUACCUGCAGAUCGGACCUGUAAGGUGUGGAAUCUGGUGACGGGUCAGGAGAUAAUGUCCCUGGCCGGUCACCCCAACAACGUGGUGUCAGUCCGCUACAGCUCCAGUUUGGUCUUCACUGUCUCCACCUCCUACAUCAAAGUCUGGGACAUUCGGGACUCUGCGAAGUGCAUCAGGACACUAACGUGAGUUUAAAAGAAAUUAAGAGAGAGUCAAAAAACUAUUGAAUCCAUAUUGGGAGAUAAUUGUGAUAUGUACAGUAACAUAUCAUCUGCAUAAAAUGAUAAUUUAUGCUCUGAUCCUGCACACUGUAUCCCUUUGAUCGAAGUUGUUACCUUUAGGCUUUGGCAAGAGGUUCACCUACAAUCAGGAAUAAAAAGGGAGAAUUUAACUUGUUAUAUAUCUUAACUGAUACGUUAUAUUUUACACUUUGAAAGAAGGAGUGCCCGUAUUUUUAUGUGCAGAUGCAUAAACGUCUCAUCCAUGUGUUUUCAGGUCUUCCGGUCAGGUUAAUGUCGGGGAUGCCUGUGCGGCCAACACCAGCCGGACAGUCACCAUCCCUGCAGGAGAGAACCAGAUCAACCAGAUCGCCCUGAACCCCAACGGCUCUGUGCUUUACGCCGCCGCCGGAAACUCCGUCAGAGUCUGGGAUCUGCGAAGGUAAGCGCGAUUAGAGUAGAUCCUCAGUCCUGUUAUGAAUCAGAGUCAAGUAACAGCUGUCUGGUGGUACAUGCUGAUUUAUUAGCAUCAUCUAAUCUUCAUUUAUUCUGACGAAGCAUGUUGAUUUUUUUUAGUUUGCAGUCAAAUUACUUUUUAUUUUCUACUUAUAAAAAAACGACAGCCCACCACGCCUUCAUAAAAACCCGAAAUCGGAGGUUUUACACCGCUCCGUCUGUGUGUUCAUCAUCCACUCCUCCUAAUAUCACUCCUAAUAACACACACCUGUUCAAUCAAAGCCCAGUUUCUCGUGGCUUCACACUCCGAGGAUCCGAUUCAUUAUAAAGCUGACAGGUAUCCAAUCUAAAGCUGUCACUGAAAACCUGUACAAGCUUUGAUGAAUCGCCGCCUCUUGUUUUAGGAAAGGACGGCCAGUCUGGGUAAUUGAAAUAACUUUAGAUCAACAUGCGCUGAGAUUAAACUUCCAGAAACCUGUUUACCAACUCGUCACUUUUUAUCAUGAGUAUGGGCGUAUUAACCACGGCACUUCAAAGACUAGCUCUGGGAUUAAAUGUCAGGUAAUUAAUUGAUAUUACCUCCCCGGGCGUCCUGAGAUUUACUCUGACGCUUGAGGGUUUUUAAUCGUUUUUGUCUGUUUGUCAGAUUUGCGUCCACCGGGAAGCUCACCGGUCACCUCGGGCCUGUAAUGUGCCUGACUGUGGAUCGGUCUGGAAACAACCAAGACAUGGUGAUCACCGGGUCCAAGGAUCACUACAUCAAGGUGAGUGUGUUAAUGAUCUGCAACUCUCUAGAUUUUCAGUGUAAGCUGUAUUAAAACACGCUGUUUUUUUGGCUCGCUGCAGCUGUUUGAUGUUACUGAAGGCUCUCUGGGGAGCAUCAGCCCCACACACAACUUUGAGCCGCCGCACUACGAUGGUAUCGAGUCUCUGGUGGUCCAGGGGGACAUCUUCUUCAGCGGCUCUCGAGAUAACGGCAUCAAGAAGUGGGACCUGGACCGCAAAGACCUGCUGCAGGUACUAAAAAUAGUCAAAUGGCAAAUAUCUGAAUGCAUUACAAAAGAAAAUGAAGCUAAAACUUCCAUCUUUCUUUGAUUGACAGCAAGUCCCAAACGCCCACCGUGACUGGGUUUGUGCGCUGGGGGUCGUCCCCGGGUCGCCCGCCCUCCUGAGUGGCUGCAGAGGUGGGGUGCUUAAGCUGUGGCACACGGACACUCUGGGGACUCUGGGGGAGCUGAAGGGUCAUGAGAGUCCCAUCAACAGCAUCUCUACGAACAGCAACCACCUGUUUACCGCCUCUGAGUGAGUCUAACAGCAAAUAAACUCACAUUUUUUAUUAUUUAUGUUACAACGCAGCAGCUUCGGCUUUUCAUGAUUUGAAAAAAAAAGGAACUAAAAACUUGUUAAAAAAGCCAGAAACGCUCCAUCAUUAACAACAUCCAUCCACCACAUGCAGCUCACACGCUGUGAAAACUGAUUGGAGAGGAGAAAAAAACUCCACUUUUUUUGACGAACGAAUCAAUCUGCUGAUGAGGAGAGAGAGAGAGAGACAAACAGAGGGAGGCAGCUGUGGGGAGAGAGUGUGAGUGUUGGGGGGGCAAGAUGAUCACGUUACAGGAGGCUGGUUUGAGAAACCAGCUUACAAAGCAUUAAUCUUGACCUUUAAUUGUCUGAUUCUUGGUGAAUCUCAUUAAAUCAAAGUCAAAAGGUGUUCUAAAGAUGGUUCGAACUCAUAAGCAAUAUGAAUGCUACAUUAAUGUUAUCUUAUUAAACUCUUUAUAAUUCAGACGUCAUAUAUAUUCAUUAAUCUAUAAUCAAUGCUGUCAAAGUCUAAUAAAUGAUAGUAAACAUCCUUUUGAUGUUUAUAACAGAUUUAUAAUCUGUCAACAGGUUUCAGAUGAGAGCCUGUAAUAAACACGUUAAUUAUGUUUUAAAAUUAUCAAUCAGUGCUCGUUAUGAAGACCUCAUAAUGACCUUGUUUCUUACUCUUUACUGUUCCUGUCUUCCAGUGACCGGACCGUGAAGAUCUGGCGUGCGCGCGGAGGACUGGACAGCAACCUGGAGACGGUUGACAACGUGGACGAGGUGGCCAGUAACUGAAACCAGCGCCACCUGCUGAGUGUGACUCUAAAAGGACACCGACAGCACCCUUUCGUGCUGCCUCCCUGCACUUUGACCCCUAACUACUAAAGCCCAGUCCUGACUCCUUGAACACACACAGCAUCCACGCCGUAAACCUUUGAGACUGAGCCAAACCGGAGAGUCAUUUCAUGUCAUCCUGAAAUCUAGCACUUUUCUAUUUUUCUUCUCUUAGACUCGUGCUAGGACGUUAAAGUUUGGUGUACUGUUAAUACUGGACUAACUGCAGCAUUUUUCUCUUCUGCGCUGUAGGUGAUUUGAUAACUUGAGAGUUAAACGGAAAAUAUCUGGGCUGGUGAGCUCUAUUCGGCGCUUUGCCUGAAUAAAAAAAAACUUUAAAAAAAGAGUUAAGUUUGAGGAGAAAAGGUGGCCGAGCUCACGGGUUGGUAGCUGGUCUUCCUAAACCCAGUUCUCCGGUUUGAAGGGAUUGUUGAGAUUGUUUCUCUGCACUUAAAGCAGAACCAAUGUCCCCGCGCUCCUUUCCCCUUAUGAUUAACUAAAGUGGCUUUACUGUACUUGUAGAAGACAAAUCAUCGUUCCCCUUAACUCCUUUCUCCUGCUUUUGUGCUCCUCCUCUUCCUCUUGCUCCUCCUCCUCCUCUGAUUAUGCAGCUGUUUAAAAUCAGCGACCAAAAUUGUGCAAAUUUGUCGUCUUUGCUGUCCUGCACUGCACUCUUGAACACGUCACCUUUUACAGUAGCGGUCUCACUUACAGCAGAGGUUUGACAUUUUAUAAGGGGUGUUUUUCCUGCUCUCCUGACGGACUGAGAAAUAUGAGGGUUCGGCAUAAAAAGCUUAUCAUGGAGACUGAAGAGGGGAAAGUAGGGACUGCCGUGGCUUUGCUGAAAGGUCAGAACUACUGAGCUGCACCUUUAGCAUGCUGGAAGUGAUGAUAAUUCAAAAGUCUAAUUGGUACAAACUCUUAAAAGAUAAUAAAAUAACAAUAAAUCUGAGCAAAGCUGACGGUGAUGUAAAUAAAAAAGUUUAUUUCUGAGCGUUAACAAGACCAUUAACAAUGCCACCAAUUCCCCAAAAUGAUGAUAUUACUACAAAAUAAUGUCUAAGUUACUUUUUAAUUAAAGAAUUUAACUAACAGCCAGUUAAAGCAUAAAAUUAUCUUACAUCUUUGAUGAAAAAAUUAAGAAUUAAAAACAUCACUCUACAGGAAAACUGAAGUGAUAGAGCCUCUGGUAUGUCCAGUACGUUUGCUCCCAUCAAAACUGUCACAAGAUUUGAGUUUUUUUGCGAUUUUAAAACGUCAUUUUCAGAAUUGGUAUUGUGCAGUAUUUUCUAGAUUUAAAAACAUUAAAAAUACCAUAUUUGUCACUUCCUGCACACUAGAAGCUUUGGUACGUGAAGUUGCAGUUGGAUGCUGCUCCAUAAUGUUGCAAAAUCUGGACAGUUAGCUCCUUUAAAGUUAACUUAUAUGUUCAAUCCUGUCAUAAAACAAAUUUAAAAAUGAACAUUUGUUCCUUUAAAUGAAGAAUUUUAUGAUUUCCAUGGUGACAUAAAGUGUUAUUUUGUCACAGCAGUUCAGAUGAAUCAAAAAAGACAAAAGCCUGACUGUAAGCAGAGUCCUGACAGAGAUCGCAGCAUCUUUGUGAGCUGACGAGCGGAGCAGCUGACAACGUCGCCCGUGAAGAAGCUUGUCAAGUCACCAGUUGCUGGUUUUUUCGAACAUAUGGUCUGUUUCAACAACCGUCAGCUUGUAGCAGAGUCACCCGGCCAAGACUGUUUCAAUCCCACGGCUGGUUGAAAUGACACAGAGCGGUUAUAUUUAGAGCGGGUCGAAACCUUCACUACGAACCGAGAGAACAAGGAUGGAAAGGCAUUAAACUGAAGAAAAAUGAUAGAAAUCAACAAUACAUGCAGAUUUUACAACCUUAAACUAAAGCCAGGCUAUCUGUUUCCCUUCACUUCCAGUCUUUAUGCUAAGCUAAGCUAAUCAUCUGCAGUCUUAAAACUGAACUCUGCAGGAAAGCAAAUAUUUCCUCCUCAUGAAACGUCAAACUUUCCUCACACUCUUCGAGCACUUGUGAAAUCUGACACAGUUAUUCUUUGAGAAACUCUUAAUCCUCGAUAAAUACAAGCAGGUUCAGCCUUGAAUAUAUCCUACACUCAUUGUCCAUGUUUCAUAGUGUGUAUAAACGUAUAUUCACUCUUCACGUGUCGCAGUUGGCGCUCACUGAACCUUCACUACUGAGAUGUGAUCUGACUCCCGUGCUGCUAAGUCAUGUGCUCACCUUUAACCCUAUAAGAGGCCUCUCUCUCUAUCGUCGUGGACUCCAGGUGAGGUCCAGCCAUAACUGAGCAGUGUGUUUGUAUAGAAAUGUAAUGGUAUCUUUUCGUUUGUUUGGAGAGGAGAGGCCUUGUGUUGUGAGCCUCGCCCUCAUCUCGUCUCCCUGUGAGGCCUUCCUGGAGACCCUCACGGUCUUCCCUCCCCCGCCCUCCUGAUGUAAUUGUUGCGAUUGUGUGCUGUCACUUCUGAAUGUUUGGUGAAACAGCAGCUGUUGGCAUCAUAUCUAAUGUAUGUAAACUAUGUAUUUAAAAAGAAUCAGACUGAAUGUUAGUUUUUGUGGGACCACGUACCUGAACGCAGAGAGCCCAGAGGACCAGAUUUGGUGAGCUGAAGUGGAGAUUUUCCUCUGGUGUGCUGGCAGGUUGUUUUUAGUGGCCUACACUUAGUUUUUUUUUGUUUUGUUUUUUCAUUUUUCUGUUCUGUUUGUUAUGCUCUCCCUGCUCCACAUUUCCCGGGCGUCCCUCCCUCUCUGGAGUUUUAGAAGCCAUUCCCCGAGUGGCGGACUCUGUAGCGAUUCUAAUGUCAGAUGCCUGGUGAGAAUAAACGCCAUCUGUCAAAAACAA